CGGGGAGGGAGGACGGCCGGCCGUGUAAUCCGAUUCCCGGCAGGGCGCGAGGGGGCCAGGCCUGCGCCGAGGGCUAACUUCCCUGCCGCCCUUGAUUCCGCUGCACAGACGAGCCGGGGGCAGCAGCCGGAGCUGCAGGCUCCGAGGAGGAGCCGCCUCUCAUGCGCUAGGUGACCCUUUCUCCCCGCCCUCGUCCCCCGCACAGACCCACACGCAGCCUGGCAGCCCAGAGGAGCCACGGCGGCGGCGGCGGAGGGAGAGCGCGCGCGCCCGCCCGCGCGGCUACAAGACGACCGCAGGUGAGCGUGGGUGUGUGGGGUGCGCGUGUGUAUAUGUAUAUGUAUAUUGCCUAAAGGGUUGCUUGCCCUAGAAUCCUAGAACUGUAGAGUUCGGAAGAGGGACCCUGAGGAUCAUCUGGUCCAACCCCCUGGACUGUGCAGCUGCCCACCACCCGUUAGAUGGAGUCAACCUUCAGCCUUGGUGUUAUGACCAGCACCAUGCUCUAACCAGCUGAGCUACCUUACCCAGGUGUGCAGUAGCACUGCUGUGGCUUUAAAGCACAGCUGCACACGCCAGGCGGAAAUUCAGCCGGUGCAACCUUUCGUCAGGCAACAUUGUAAUAAUAAUAAUUUAUUAUUUAUGCCCUGCCCAUCUGGCUGGGUUUCCCAGGAAGGAAAGGCACACACCUGUUUUGUGUUCAUGAGGGGUGGAAUGGCAGGACGGGGAGCAAUAGCGGUGAUAUAUAACUUAAGCAUGGUUUGUUUAAGAGUGGGAAGCGUUUGCUCAAAUUAUCUAGCUGGUCGUUCAUAUAAGAGCUUACUGCCUAACAUAGGAGCUAACUCCUGGGGGCCGAGGUCCCUUUGCCCCCCCCAUAAAAUAUUUGAGGGAGCCGGAGCCCCCAAAGUUGAUGGGCAUUGCCAUUCAAAUGGUGUGCGCUGUGUCAUGUGUUCGAUUAUGUGGGGCAGGGUCUACCUGACACGCGCCCCCCCCCCCAGUAUUUUAUUCAAGUUGGCCCUCCUGCUGCCUAACUUUUAAGAACCGGUGCCUGAGGACUGCUCCAGGUGACUAGCUUAUUGAGCAUUGCUCUGGACUUCAUUGCACAAAGGUUGCCUGAGGUUAGAUUAUUCCAGGUCUUGGUUGAGCAUUUGUUCUGAUUCCUUUCAAGUUUCACCAUGUCCUAGCUUCCCUCUCCCACAAAACAGGUGGUAGUCAGGCAGCAUCCUGAGUUUUGCUUGUUUUCUUUCUCCCUUCCCAUCUCUUUUUGUUUUUUUCCCUUUUGUGUUGUAUACUUUAUUUUUUUAAAAAAAUAAUAUUUAUUACUUUUCCAAAAGCUUAAACACUAAAAAGACAAUACAAUGCAAUACAUUAAACUAACAAAACAAAACAAAACAAAACAAAAACAAUAAAAUAAAUCAAACAAUUUCAUUAUCCCAUCUUUCAUUCACUUAUUUCCACGACCUCCUCACACCUCCCUUUUUGUAUUCCACUUCUGUUAAUUAUUUCAGCAAUUCCUUUCCAUCUUCCUCUGUUUUCUAUCCUAUAAUUAUCUUAACUCAUUCUAACCUUAUUUUUUCCUUUAAUGCUCUAUUAAUCUAUCUAUACUUAAUUCCUUAUAACAUUUCUACUAAAGCCAUAUAACUUCAUUCCAACAUUUUUCUAACAUUCAUUAAUUUUACAGUAUUUCUUUAAAUAAUCUUUGAAUUUUUUCCAAUCUUUUUCCACCGACUCUUCUCCCUGGUCUCGGAUUCUGCCAGUCAUUUCCGCCAGUUCCAUAUAGUCCAUCAACUUCAUCUGCCAUUCUUCCCGGGUGGGUAAAUCUUGUGUCUUCCAAUAUUUUGCGAUGAGUAUCCUUGCUGCUGUUGUUGCAUACAUAAAGAAAGUUCUAUCCUUCUUUGACACCAAUUGGCUGACCAUGCCCAGGAGAAAGGCCUCUGGUUUCUUCAGAAAGGUAUAUUUAAAUACCUUUUUCAUUUCGUUAUAAAUCAUCUCCCAGAAUGUCUUAAUCCUUGGGCAUGUCCACCAAAGGUGAAAGAAUGUGCCUUCAGUCUCGUUGCAUUUCCAACAUUUAUUGUCGGGCAAAUGGUAAAUUUUUGCAAGCUUGACUGGUGUCAUGUACCACCUAUAAAUCAUUUUCAUUAAGUUUUCUCUUAAGGCAUUACAUGCCGUAAAUUUCAUACCUGUGGUCCAUAACUGUUCCCAGUCAGCCAUCAUUAUGUUAUGUCCAACAUCUUGUGCCCAUUUAAUCAUAGCUGAUUUCACUGUUUCAUCCUGAGUGUUCCAUUUCAACAGCAAGUUGUACAUUUUUGACAGAUUCUUAAUUUUUGAAUCUAACAAUUCUGUUUCCAAUUUGGAUUUUUCCACCUGGAAACCAACUUUUUUGUCCAAAUUGUAUGCCUCCAUUAUUUGAUAAUAAUGGAGCCAAUCUCGCACUUUGUUUUUCAAUUUUUCAAAGCUCUGCAAUUUUAAUCUGUCUCCAUCUUGUUCCAGAAUUUCCCAAUAUUUCGGCCAUUUGGCCUCCAUAUUGAGUUUUUUCUGUGCCUUCGCUUCCAUUGGUGACAACCAUCUUGGGGUUUUCUUUUCUAACAAAUCCUUAUAUCUUAUCCAAACAUUAAACAAUGCUUUUCUAACAAUAUGAUUUUUAAACGCUUUAUGUACUUUUACCUUAUCGUACCACAAAUAUGCAUGCCAACCAAAUACAUUAUUGACACCUUCUAAAUGUGUUGUGUACUUUAGAUGGGAAGCCUGCAGGCAAGGACCGUCUUGUUAUCCUUGCUGUUAUGUAUGUAAGUUGCUCUUGCAGGCUUUUUUUGCUUGAAGAACAGAGUGAAAAAUGCUUAAAAUAAAUAAGUGUAAGGGAAGUAGGUUGAAGGAGAAAAGGUGGCUGGUUGGAAGUGGAGGUUAGGCUGGAGCAGGGGGUGGGAGACGUGUGACCCUCCCAUUGUUGUUGGACCCUUGGUUAAGGUUACCAGAUGUCCCCGUUUCCUGGGGACAGUCCCCGGAUUUGCAAAUCAGUCCCCUGACAAAAUCCAUCCCCUUCAACUGAAGUUGAAAAGUGUCCCCAGAUUCAUUGAAAAAAAUCUGGUAACCUUACCCUUGGCAGUGGUGCCUGGGGCUUAUAGGAGUCCAACAAUAGCUGGAGGUCAGCCACACACCUGACCUAGAGAGGAGAGGCAGGCUAUUGACAAUGAACUGCUCACUCUGUGCACCCCCCCCCAACUAAGAUGGUCAGAGACAAAAAGUGUACCAGGCUCCUGUACUUUUACCAUUUGUGUAGAAGAGGAAAUUUCAGCACAUGUCGCUGGUCAUGCAAGCUAUACUUGCUGAAAUCCCCCUUUCUACGCAACUAUCAAAGAUGCAGGAGUCUGGUUUUAUUUGUUUGCUUGCACCUGACCCUCUUUCACAUGACCUCCAGGCCCAAGGAGCCUGCCCUUACUAUCUGCACUCUCAGCUGCUGAUGCUUCUAUGUGUGAGCCAAGACCUAAGCCAAGUGUGGGGAACCUUUGGCCCUCCAGAUGUUGCUGAACUACAAACAUCCCUAUCUGCUGGUUGUGCUUGCUGAGGCUGCUGGGAGUUAUAGUUCAGCAACAUCUGGAGAGUCAAAGCACACCCACCCACCCACCCCUUGAUCUAGGCAAGUAAGGAAUGAAUAAGAACAGAAUUAUUUUCUCCCGUUCGCAUUGGUGGGGUAGAUUCUUCUUUAGCCUCUUUGCCUGUGUCUCACAAUGGAGGCACCAUGGAUGAACUGGGGAGGAAAGGAUUAAAGAGAUCUUUGCUUGUGUUUCGCCCAGUUUUUACCAGAAUGAGUCAGCGGGUGGAGGAGCGUAUGAUGCUUGCUGGCUCUUCAGCUUUUACUCAAGGCAAAAUAUAGACUCUCUUCCACUCUCCCACUGUUAAAAAAUAAUUGCUAACCAGGAUUCUAGAGAGAGUUGUGGAGCAAAGGUGUUCUUCGGAAGCUCAAAAGUGUCAAGAAAGCAAAUUGUGACUCGCAGCAUGGACUGAAGUGGAAGGAAACAAGAGCUUGGCUUGGUCAAGCUUUACCCACAAAUCCCUCAGCUCCCCAAAUUUUAGCUGAAACAUGCCUUUUCUCAUCCCACAAACCAGCAGAAGCCAUCAUAGUGCCUUCCAGAAGGUGUGGAACAACAACUCCCAUCAUUCUAAUGAGUACUGAUGGGAGUUAUAGUCCAGCAAAAUCUGGAGGAUGCCCUGCCAUAAACUUAAUUGUAAAAAGGGUUACUUCCAACCAUCACCCCCAAGAGCUUGUGUGUGCUGGUCCUGUGGGUUUCCGUGAGACGUGGUCCGAGUCCAGUCCGAGGUCGAGGGUGCAGUAAUGAGGCCGUCCAUCAAAGUUGAAGCUGGGUCCAAAGCAGGGAGUCAGGUGAGGUCAGGAGAUUCGGCAGGACAGGGUGCAGGCAGGAACAGGCUACCAACAACGUUGCUCCUGCAACUUGGGAUUGGGGCUGGCUGGCUUUCAUCUGCCCCAAGGCAUAGGGCGGCCCCAGUCCACAGGUGACUCGCCUCUCCUGGCCUGGAGGCGAGCAUUCCUCCUGCGGGAACUUAGUUCCCUCCGCCUCUCUGCCCUGAGCCUCUGCAGCUCAGGAGAGGCUGGAAGGUUACCGGACCCAGAGGCAACCUCAGCUUCCUCUGAUGGGGCUGAGAGUGGAGCACCUGAAGGCAGUGGGUCCUCCAUCACCUCAGGGGCCAGAGCAGACUCAGCUGGUGCAUGCACCUGAGGAUCCCGCACAGGUGAGGACCCUUCAGGCUCAAGCCCCAGCCCUGGCUCAGCUGGUUCUGGAGGCGGGGACUGCUGUGCAGGCUGGGAUUCCUCAGGUUCAGCCUCCGAGUCCGAAUCCCAGGCCAUCACAUUGUGGGUACAGCAGUGUUUCCCAAACGCGGUCCUCAAACUGUUUUUGGACUACAACUCCCAUCAUCGCGAGCUAGCAAGAUGAUUGGAAUUGUGAUCCAAACCCAACUGGAGACCCAAGUUUGGGAAACAUUGCAGUAGAGUUUUGCAUCCCCGAUGUAAUUAGGAAUAUGGAUCGAGAGGUUAAUUAUUCCAAAUAAUUUAUAAGAAGAAUAGAAGAGCAGGUGUUUGGUGUUGCAUGAUGUGCAGUGCAUCUGAUAAGCUUUUAUGAGGCCAGAAUUUCUAUCUGGUUCUUAAGUAGAAUACAGGAUGUGCACCACAUAUAUAGGAUCACAUAAUUGCACCUCCUGCUGAUUACCGUAUUUUUCGCCCUAUAGGACACACUUUUUCCCCUCCAAAAAUGAAGGGGAAAUGUGUGUGCGUCCUAUGGGGUGCGUCCAGGCUUCAGGAGAGCCCCAGCCCUACAAGCUCGGGGGACAGCGGGGAGGCGCAGCGCGCCUUUCCCGCUGUCCCCCGACUUGGUUAGAAGGCUGGCGGGGAGAAGCCUGCUCCUCCCCGUCACCAGCCCCGCAAGCUCGGGGACAGCGGGAGGCGCAGCGCGCCUUCCUGCUGUCCCCGACUUCGCUAGAAGGCUGGCGGAGGGCUUCCCCCUCCUCCAUCCCCGCAAGCUCCCAGAGCCAUGCCAAAGCUGCAAGCAGCUUCGGCAUUGCUCUGGGUCCCGUUCUGGGGGCUGGGGGAGGGGGAAGCUCGGGCUUCCCCCGCCCCACGCCUGGGGAAAAAAAUAAUUUCCCCCCCUUAUUUCCUCCCCCAAAAUCUAGGUGCGUCCUAUGGGCCGGUGCGUUCUAUAGGGCGAAAAAUACGGUAAUCUUGGAACAGGGAGUCCCUGAUUCUGGCUUCCCAGUUGCCCAUUAAACUGAGGAUUCUAAUGUGCAUUAGUGACCUGGAAGAUGGAACUGGGAGUGGCUGUCUGUUUAGAUUAAUUAACAGAGAACACAAGAAUGUGGUGGUGUGCUUUUAGACUUAUAGGCGGAGUGCUAAAACUACAUUGCCUAUUGUGCAGUGCAAUCCUAUACUGGCUUACUCAGAAGUAAGUCCCAGUGAGGCUCCCCAGAUAACACACUUGCCAUGUCCCUAUAAAACACAAAUUCAGGGUUUUUGUGUGUGUUUUUAAAGGGAAAACUGGACAUUUCCCAUUCUUUCAAUUUGUGGAAAGAACAUUCGGUCCAUGUGAAUUUUGAGCAAAGGAUUAUAGGGGAGAUCUGUCAACAUAUUUACCAGUUCAGUGGGUUGCCAGGUCUCACUGGAGAACUUGUGCUUGUAUCUGAGACAGCUGCUGCACCUCCUUUGGUCCCUGCCUCCUCCUGGGGGGCUAAAACUAGGCAUUUUGCUUGCUAAAGCAGGUGAGGAAAGAGAGCAGACAAAGGCAACAGUGCAGCAUCUUCAGCAUCUCCUACUCUACUGCCCUGGAACGAGGUCUCUAAGGUGCAAAUUAAUGACCCUAGUCAAUGUAGGCAACCAGCUGUUCUACUCAGGCACAUAGUUUUAAAAGGAUGUACAUUUUCCCAGCUGCCUAGUACCAGUAUGCCUUCAUAUCCUUUGCUUGCUCUCUUGGGUGUAAACCCCAUUGAUCUCAGUGCACCUGACAGACUGAAACAAGCUAAAACUAGUAAGUAUGGCAAUUGGAAGCAUUGCUUGUUUACAAGCAAGAAUUUGUGCCUUGCUAAUGCCCCCCCACUGGCCGCCCCUCUCCCUCCCCUUCAAAUCAUUCCUUUUGCCAGAGCAUACUUCAAAAGCAGGAAGCAGCGGGAGAGGAAGGGAUGCAGUGCAGUGAGGAAAUACGCUGAGAAUGGGUUAUCUAAAUGCUCCUCCACCCAGAUCUGAAGCAUUCAUCCCCCCCCCCACCAUGCCAGACUAGGCUGUAGGUAAUCAGAUGCAAAGGCUUUUGCAUCUCUGCAGAGUUGUGCAGAAUGACUUUUGCCCACCUGGGGCUCUCUGGAUGUUUUGAAAUACAACUCCCAACAGACCCAGGCAGUGCAGCUGGUUGUGACUGAUGGAAGUUGUAGUCCAAAACAUCUGGAUGGCAAAGGCUGGGGUAGAAGGUUGGUGCAACUUUCCUUGUCCCUAUAUUAAAAGAUGCAUAUACAUCAAUAUUUUCUCUUCUGCUGGAUGGGCCACCUUUGUGUCUGGGGAGGUUCGUCUUGAGAAGGGGGCCAUGAUUCAGUGUUAGAGCACAUGCUCUGCAUGGAUAAGGACCCAGGUUCAACCACCAGUGAAAAGGAUCAAGUAAUACAUCUCCCUUUCUAACCUGUAUUCUCUUGUCACGUAUUGCUCGUAUCAUUGCUUUCGUGGACAAGGGUCAUAUAAAAGCCUCCCUGCAGUAGAAAAACUCAUCUCUGGAAAGGGUGGAAAGGGAAUUAGCCACAGUAGUCUUCUUGGAUGGAUGCUUGAUUUUAAAGGUUCGGGAUUGACAUCUUUAUGGAUUUUAUUGCAUUAUUUGUGUGAAUUGUCCUAAGCUUUUCCAGGAAAUCUGCAGAUAAAUUAUGGGCAGAGUCAGGGGCCUAGCCAGGAUUUAUUCGGGGGCGGGGCAGGCUUUAUGCUAGGGGCCCCUAACCGAAUUAUCUGUGGUGUAAUUGGUCAGUUACAGUGGUGCCCCGCAAGACGAAUGCCUCGCAAGACGAAAAACGCGCUAGACGAAAGGGUUUUGCGUUUUUUGAGCUGCUUCGCAAGACAAAUUUCCCUAUGGGCUUGCUUUGCAAGACGAAAACGUCUUGCAAGUUUGUUUCCUUUUUCUUAAAACCGUUACAGUAAUACAGGGUGCAUUGCUUGAAGAGGUGCAGUUGCGACUUGACUUCGAGGAGCAACUCAUAGAACGCAGUGUGGUAGCCUUUUUUGAGGUUUUUAAAGACUUUGGUGAUUUUUGAAGCUUUUCCAAAACUUCUUUUGCAGCCAUUUGGUAAGUUAAACUUUUAAAACUUUUUGGGGGUUUUGGAUUUUGGGUUGGGGUGUUUGGAAUUCAAGGACUUGGUGUUGGGGAGGGGUUUGCAAGAAUCUGGAAGCUUGUGUGUUUUUUUUCUGCAUUUUUAUGAUUUUCUGUGACCAUUGGGCCACUCUGCUGUUUUUUUUUUAAAAAUUCUGGAUUUGAAUUUCUGUGUGGUGGGUGGCUGGGGGAACAGUUGAGGAGGGGUUUGCAAGAAUCUGGAAGCUUGUGUGGUUUUUUCUGAAUUUUUAUGAUUUUCUGUGACCAUUGGGCCACUCUGCUGUUUUUUUUUAAAAAAUUUGGAUUUGAAUUUCUGUGUGGUGGGUGUGACUUUAAAGAGCACUUAAUAAACUCUUUUUGUACCAAAUUUGGCUUUGUUUGGACUUUUUUUGACCAUAGGAACGCAUUAAUUGAAUUUCAAUGCAUUCCUAUGGGAUUUCGUGCUUCGCAAGACGAAAAAUUCGUUGGAUGAAAAAACUCGCGGAACGAAUUAAUUUCGUCUUGCGAGGCACCACUGUAGUUAAGCAUUUUUAUUUAUUUAUUUGAUUGGGUGGGCAGCUGCACCCCCUGAACCCCACUGGCUGCACCCAUAGGCGGGGGUGGGGGUGGGUGGUAUGGAAUUUGUCAUCUGUGUUAUGGGUCUUGGGCGGGGUGUGUAUGUGUGUGCAGCAGUCUUCCUAUACUUGGUCUCAUUCCCUUCCUCCCACUCUUUUCGUUGUGUAAUGGGGAGAGUGCCAUCACUGGAUAUGGGACACUGGACAGGAUGAACUUGUGCAAAUGCACUGAUAAUUCUUUUUCUUCAAAUGAACUUAGGAAGCCGCCUUACACCAAGUCAGGCCGGUGGUCGGUUUAGCUGAGUAUUGUCUACACUGACUGGCAGGGUUUCAGACAGGGAGGGACUGCAUUUCCAGACGUACUUGGAGAUACUAGCAAUUUAACCACUGCAUUGAAAGCAGAUUAAAUUUGAUGCUCUGCAACUGAGCUAUGGCUCAUUGAAUAUAGAUUUCUUUUGCUCAUGGUCCGCGGGAAAGCAAAUUUUCUUUAGGUAAGUAUUUGGGCCAAUUUCCAGUAGACCCCCAGUAAACCACUGCAGGAGUUUAUGGGAUGCAAAACUUUCCUUCCAUGAAGUUCCUUCCCUUAUUAUUUUUUUAGGAUCCAAGCCUUAUCGACAACAAUUUACUUAUUUACGGUGAAAUUUGGGCAUAGAUGGAAGUCUGCAGAAACUUCUUAAGGCUUUCAGCAUUGGGGAAACAUGCUUAUUUUAUGCUGCCAUUAGUUUGGUCCUGCGUCAGGAUUUAUUUAUGGAGCCCUCUAGACUAGCUCUCAUUUCUCUCAAUGAUGCCGCCAGAUUGCACUUACUACCUUAAAAAAACAAACAAAAGUGGCCUAGUGAUGAAUUCAUUGCUCAGGAGGAACUGGUUCGAGUGAGUUUUGCAUGGAGGCUUUUGAGUACAGUGAUUUGAUUGUAUUAACAAGCAGAUUGGAAGGCCACCUUCUGCUCACAGCUUUCCAUGCCUGUUCCCUGCAGAGCUGAUGAAGGAACGUUUCCUUCAAUGCUGGCAAAUUACUAGGACAACAAGAAAACUUAAUGAAACGCGGCAGGAUUAAGGCGUGCUCUAAAAGUUAUGCCUUGAUUGCAGGUAGCACCAGUCUUCGUAAAAUCCAUUUUCAUUGCUACAGUUUAUUUCAAAGUCCCACUGCACAGCAUUUCUCGAUCCAGAAAUAUUUUUAUGUGCAGAUUCCUAGAGUGAACACAGUGGCCAAUUUCUCCUUCCUCUGAGCUAAGCCAUGGUUUGGCUUAGUGUGUCAUCGGAAGCACGCAUUGCCCCACCAACCUCAGCCUCCCCUCCCCUCCCCUGCCUGCCUGCUGUCUUGUUACAUACAACCAGCCCAUGGAGUGGCAUUGCUUGCCAGCUUCUUCCUCCUCAGUCUUGUAGAACUUUGCGGGGAAGGAGGAUGGGAGCAAACCUGGAAUUACCUGGCUGUUCCUGUCUUUCGCUGUGGCUCUGCUUACUGCUGGUCUCCCUUCCUUCCACCCUCCCAGUCUCAAGAAGCAUCUGCAACCACUGGAAACCAGGGUUAUGGUUGACUCUCCUGGACAAAUCACAAGCUGUAAACCACGGUAGGUCAAACCUGGUUUAUAGCUUGUGGUUUGUCUGGACAGUGCUGUAUCACAAGUCCAGGUUAUGCCAAUCCAUGACUUGGCUCAAUGCAGGGCAGAAGCAAAAUAACCAAGGUUGAGCAAAGUGGCUAUAAUCUCCUCUAUAGGAGCCUGCUCGCUCAUACUAAGCCAUGGUUUGUAAUUGAUCUUAAGGGGACUGUUCUGGAGCAAAGGAACCUCAAGUGGAGACUUCAGUGUGAAACUCCAGAAUUACAAUUCAUCAAGAAGUUCAGUGCUGUCAUUUGUGGAUUGCAUUGUCACAGUGGAUUCUUUUAAAAAAACACAAAUCACAUGACAUGGGUUAGCUGACUUGCCAGUGUGAAGAUGUCUGUGUUAUCAACACAACUUUUUGUGUGUGUGAAUGGCCACGGUUAGGAAUGAAAUACAUGCACACUUUCAACUCAGAAUAGCGUCUCAUGCGUCUAAUGAAGUGGAGUGUAGUUGACAAAUGCUUUUGCCGUAAAAAAAAUAUAUGGUGGACUUUCAUGAAUGCGUUAGCCAUGUGACUGUUAUUUUUGCUAUAGUAAAGUAUGCCACUUAAUUAUACAUUUGCCUGCUUUGGUUCUUCAUGAAGCAACAAGUGUAAAAGCCUUUUUUCAUUUGUACAUGUGAUAAAUGUGGAAAAUCUGUUUCUAAAAGUGAUUGGGAUAAAUCUAUGGAAUUGUAGUUUCCCCUCAUAACAUUCUUUACAAACUAGGGUUCCCAUUUUUUUUGGGGGGGGGGGAGUCCUGGACUUUAAAAGUGAGUUGGAUGUGCUUUAAAUGUAUGGUAUGGAGUUGUCCUGGGAAACUCCUUGUUUUAGCUGCAUAUUUUGCAACGUUGGCUCUGCACAUGGAGUGUGGGGGAAAAUUAAGGAAAAAGCAGGCUUCAUCUUUUUUAUUUUUUAAAAAAAUUGAUUGUGCAUUGCUGCAGUCAUGAGACAAUGGAAAAGAUCCAAAGAGUUAUUUUCUUUUGUUAUUAAAUAAAUAAUAGAGCAAAGUCAACAGCCUAAGCCUUAAGCUGUUUUGCCUCACUCUUCGCUUUACUGCUGAGUUUUCAAACCUCCUGUCUUGCUUCGUUUCUGAAAACAGAUUAGGGAGCAGCGUUAUUUGUUUCCUCAACUCUCUCUCUUUCUCUCUGUUUUUGCUCAAAUGUUUCUCCCCCCCGCCCCCGGUGUGUAUUAAGUGUGCUUACUAACAUUACAGUAUGUUUGAUUCUGGAUUCAAAAAAGUUUGGUUUAAGAAAAGAGUUGAAGUGCUUUACACGGAGGAAGUCACGCUGAAUAAAAAAGCAUAGAAAUGGUUGAGUUCAGGCUUCCACCUUGGUUUCCGUGUCAAGUAAGCAGCAAACGUGUUCUAUAGGAUUGCAUAUUGUGCUUCCUUACAACUUGACUUUCACAUGCCUGUGCUUUCUCUUGGCCCGUUCAGGGUCCCCCCCCCUCCUUUCUUAAUCCUUUACACUUCAGUCCUCAUUUGAAAUGGAGCUAUAUGUUCCUAGUUCUGUGGCUUCCUUUCCAUCUGUUUCCCUUUCUACUGAAUUUAGGUUGUGAACUUGACCAGGUUUGGUGGGCUGUCAUUUCCUCCUACUUUACUUUUAUCUAUAAAGAUAGCAUAAAAAUAACCACUUCUGCUACUAGUGCUCCUACUAUUAAUACAUUUUUGCAGAAAGGAAUGUUUUCAUGUUGGCCAACUCGACAUGAGCCAGUCUGCUAUAACAGAAUAUAAGUCUGGGGGAAAAAAAAUAAAUAAAUCAAAGAAAGUCUUGAAGUAUAACAUUGCUUCCUAGAUACGGGUAACCCAGAACAAUAAUAGUGUUCUAGAAAAAAAUUGGGGUUGGCUUUUACAGCCCAACUCUCCAUCAAAGGAUUCAGUUUCCCCCUAAGUCGAUCGGAGAAAAUUGAGUGAAAGCAAGGAAGAUCUUUAUUUUUCUGUUGCAACAGAGUCCCACCACCCCUUGCAAGGAGGGAGGACCCAGAGCAAAGGUGCGCCAGAAUGACAUUUUGAAAUUGCCCAACUCCUUAGCCAAAGACCACCCAAAAGGCAUAAUAUACGUGUCACAGAAAGAGGCGGUCUAUAACAGAAGAGAGUGUGGCUUGUCCCCUGUCUGACAAGAUACCUGAUAAUGGUCACUGAUUGCAUUACCUGGCCAGGUCACAGACAUACCCUAUUCAUACACAAAAUAUGCCCUUAAGACAGGAUUUGUAAGUGAAAAGAACGAUUGGAAAAGGUUCCUCCAAUAUAUUUUCUUCUGCACAGGAAAUAAGGGGGGGUCAUUAAAGGUCAAGAUGGCUUCAGGAUUGCUCUCUGUACUCUUUCAGACUUGUGGUUUAUAUACUUAUAUGUGUGUAUUUACCUUGUGUACCUACAAACAUUUAUUUUAUAUUUGAAACCUUAGAAUUUUUGUAACAGUUGGAAAAACAUACUGUUUGUGUCACUACACAGCAAAGGCAUAUCCUCUACGAAAAAAUGUAGCAGUACUGGUAGUAGCGAUCCUGCAAUCAAAACAGCAUUUGGGAGGGAGGGAAAAUAAAAUGGCUUGACUUUGGUUUGCGUUUUGCAAAGUGACCUGUGGCUGAGAUGUAAAAUUGGCAAAACAACAAAGUUGUACAGCGGCGCCAAUGCUGCACAUCUCAGCAAGGGAUUGUUUCCUGGAGGAGAUGUUGUGUCCUUAGAUAACAUUUUGUAAUCCUAUGGCGCAUGAUGCAAAUAUCCGGAGCAACUGAAAAAUAAGCAUUUUGGGUUGCUUUUGUCUACCCGGAAGUAAGCUCCACUGAGUUCAGUGGGACUCCCAGCAAUACUUGGUAGACUCAUUAGCUGUACCAGUUUGCUUCAGUUCUCUUUAGCUCUUCAUAAGUAAUGUUAUUGUUUACAAUUUUUUAUUACACUUUCAGAAUUGGCUGAAAUCUCAUUGAGCUGGUAAUUGCUAAUUGAAGUAAGGUAAAGGUAAAGGACCCCUGGAUGGUUAAGUCCAGUCAAAGACGACUGUGGGGUUGCGGUGCUCAUCUUGCUUUCAGGCCGAGGGAGCCGGCGUUUGUCCGCAGACAGCUUUCUGGUUCAUGUGGCCAGCAUGUCGAAACCGCUUCUGGCGCAAUGGAACAGUGUGAUGGAAACCAGAGUUCACAGAAAUGCCAUUUACCUUCCCGCCGCAGUGGUACCUAUAUAUCUACUUGCACUGAUGUGCUUUCGAACUGCUAUGUUGGCAGGAGCUGGGAGAGAGCAAUAGGAGCUCACUCUGUCACAGGGAUUUGAACCACCGACCUUCUGAUCGGCAAGCCCAAGAGGCUCAGUGGUUUGGACCACAGCACCGUCCCUUUACCUUGCUAAUUGAAUUAUGCAUCUUGCUUCAGGGUUACUGUCUGUUGGAAGUGAGGUUGAGGGGAUGAUGCACCUUCAUCCCCUGCCUGGAGUUACGCUUCUUGGUGACUUUUUUCUUGCCAUCUAACCAAUUUACAUUGUCAAGCAAAUGACUGCCCAUUUCAAUUAUUGUUGCUUUCGAUUUUUGGACAGAUUUCAGGGCACUGUAUGUUUAUGGUCCCCCCCGCCCCCAACCCACAUGCUCUGUCCAGAAAAAACAACAACAAAAAACAACAAUCCACAAUACAGUAUUGGGUAUUUUUGCAUGGAUUAAUAAUGAAAAUUAAUAAGCAUAAACAGCAUGAUGGAAAAAUUAACUGUUUAUUACGAUGUUAUAAAUUUGUCACAAUGUUAUUAGAAAAAUAUACGCAUCCAGCUCACAUUUUAACACUCACAAAAUACAAUGGUACCUCGGGUUACAAACACCUCGGGUUACAGACUCCGCUAACCCAGAAGUAGUACCUCAGAUUAAGAACUUUGCCCCAGGAUGAGAACAGAAAUCGCACGCCAGUGACAGUGAAAGGUCCCAUUAGCUAAAGUGGUACCUCAGGUUAAGAACAGACCUCCAGAAUGAAUUAAGUUCGAAACAGAGUUACCACUGUACAAGUAAAGCUCAUUUUUCGCUACAUUAAUAAAUAACAUAGACUCACAUUUAGAUGAAAGACAAUGACUGUGCUUUCCGCUUGCGUCACAGGGCCAAAAAGUGAGGGAAAGAUUAACAAUAAGCCAAUAUACAUCAACAGUGGUUAAUGGCUAACAUAAUCAUCUCAACAGUGAAUAAAAGAAGUUAAACUGAAUACACAGUUAAGAUCAAAGAUGGUAGCUGACCAAAUCCUAUGGCAGGCAUAGUCAAACUUGGCCCUCCAGAUGUUUUGUGACUAUAGCUCCCAUGAUCCCUAGCUAACAGGACCAGUGGUCAGAGAUGAUGGGAGCUGUAGUCCCAAAACAUCUGGAGGGCCGAGUUUGCCUAUGCCUGUCCUAUGGGAACAAAGGCUGUCGAAUUCAAAAACUUGUAAAAGGGAAAAAAAGCCCAGUAUUAGAGAAAUUCACAGAAAGACACUGCAAGCAAAACUAGAGAAAAGUGGACUGUGGGCCAAUUUGAUGCUUGAUCUACCCUCCCUAUUCCCAGGUUAGCAUGUAUAAGGUUGCAGCUUCUGGGGCCUAAAAUGUGGAGACCAGCAGGGGCAUCCUUCUCACUUUUUAUUUAUUUCACUUCACAUGAAGUGAGACGCUAGCUGUGCACCAUCUUAAUCAAGCCAGAGACAUUUGUUUUAGUAUUACUAUGACAUACACAGCAGUACAGGCUGCAGGUGGGGUAGAGGGCCCAGGCCACAUAUAGUGUUCUGAGCCCAGAAAAUCCUCUUGGCAGUCAGUGUUUGCAGUCAGGCUACAUUUGCAUCAAUGCGUAUUACUGUGCAUGCCCCAAUCUUUGAGCAGCAAGAGAUUCCAGGAGUUCCAGGAGCUCAUUCAUGGUUUGGUUUCCUUGGAAUGCAGGUCAAUGGAGAUUGCAGUGUCUUUAGGAUACAUGGUUGUAUUUACACACAUAUACAACCUGAGCAUAGGAUGGAAUGGAUUAUUACAUCAAUGCUCCAACAGAUCUUGCUUCCCUGUUAGGGUUCUAGGGGUGGGGGUGAGGGGUCCCCAAUGCCAUAGCUUUGGAUUCAGCAGAAAGCAAGAAGCCUCCCUGUCUUUCCAGCUUCCAGUCAACAUUAAACAUGCCAACCAGCCUUUGCUGUUCUCCUCCUUACAAUAUGAUGUCACCUCCAGCCAGGUGAGGGGGUAGAGAAAAUGUUUGCCCCCUCCUGUAUAACACCAUCCCUCCAUUGUCUCCAUGAUAACAUGGCCGCCUGUUUAGUCAUGCAAAUGGGGGUACUUAGCUUGGCUGGCUAGGGCCAUUAUCUUACAAAAAGAUUGGUUUCUUUCACCAGUACAGCAGGUUCUGUCUUGUACAGACCCCCUUUUUGCAGAUUCAAAACCACAGGUUUGGUUGGAACCCAUUAGCACCCUCCAUACCCAAAGCAUCAACUCAAUAUCUGCACUGGGGCUCAUGAUUAGGCUCUCUCCUUGCUAACCACAAGCUUCAGCCAAGGUUUGUUCUUGACCUUAGCUGAUAGUGAGGAGGAGAAAGUUAAUUGUGAGUCCUGGUGUGGAUGACACACUAGAACAAAUCUUGGCUUAGCUUAAUUCAGCAGCCAAGAGGGGCAGGGGAGGAGCAAAGUACUGUGAGCUCCUCUCUGGGAACCUGCAAAUUCACACACAAAUUGGCUCACUGCACCAUGCAGACCAGGUCAUAAUAUUGGAAGGCAUCUGGGUGGGAAAAGAGGUUUCCUCUGCAUUUGGUACAUCCGUUCAUUGAGUUCCCUGGAGGAAGGAUUGGAUCAAAGCAUAAAGUUCAGUACUUUAUUGAUCAUUUUAUUGAUUUUAUUGAUUUCUGCCAUUUGCCGUAUAUUGCCGUAUAUUAACACCAUCAUUUCUAAGUGGUCACAAAAGAGAUAUAAAGGAUAUAAACCAUUUAAAAUUAGCUAUAAAAUUUUAAGCUUACUUAAAAUUUCUGUGGGAAAAAUGGUCUUCACCGAGUGCCUGUCUGGUCUCUCCUGGGAGUGAAUUGGACUCAAUCAUUUCUUAGCUUUCAUAUUUUGUAUCUUAUUUCAUGUUAUAGUAGAAGAUUGUAAUCAUUCUCACUAAGCUUGAUCAUUCAGCAUUUUUGUGAGAAGCUAAUGGCGUGGGCGGUAAUCUUUAAGGAAAUAACAUUUCUUUUGUUUGUGGUGUAUUCUGGGGAAAAAAACCCAUAAUGAAUGGAUUUGAUUUUAAAAGGAAGUUAUGAUACAGACACCACCACCCCCCGAUCUUUUUCUUGUUUUCAUUUUUUAGAAUUAAACUUUAACCUCUUAUUUUCUGCCAAAAGGAAAGAAAGGAAAUAAUAUAUAUCCAAGGCGAAGUGUUUCCCACGAGAAAGUUAUCUCUUUGGUGGUUUAGUUGAAAGGGGACAGACCUUUAGGAUAAUGACUUUAAAGCUGGCUGAUACAUUAUUGCUAUGGAAAAUCAAGUAGAUCACUUGGUUAUUAUUUUUAUCCUCUGGUUCUGUGGCUUAACUUUUCAGUAACAAUAAUUGCUCAGGAAACCAUUAGAUUAUUGUUUACUUUUCUCAUCAUACUUAAAAAAAAAUAAAUCAUACAAGGAUUAAUGUGAACAAAGUGAUCUUGCAUUUAACCCUUUGUUGAUAGAAACAUUGACGCUUAUCGUUUUGGUUUUGGGUACCCAAGAAAGCUAUAAAGAUAAAAUACUUAGUGGAAGGUACUGAGGGUGACCCCAUUUACAAACAGAAAACUAUGCUUUUAUUGAUAAGGUUCAUUUUGCAGUAAAACAAUGUAGUGAUACAUAAGUCAUGGGAGUCAACAAUACCCCACUAUGUAACAUUCUUCAAUGUCCACAAAUGGUAUGUGUGAUCUAACUGACCCCACAGCUUGUAAAACAUAAAACAUUAAUAUACAUAUAGUGUAAUUAUAAUAGCUGCACAAGUGUAGGAGUAAAGAAUCUCAAAAAAACCCACAACCUUGCAACCUCAGCACACACUACUUGAGGAGCCUACGUAAAACAACCCAUUGCACAACUGCAUUACUAAGACAGACUAAAUGGUUACAUGAAGCACAUGGUUGCUGUAAAACUAUGCCCCCAAUGAUAUUGAAAGCCAAUGAAAGAUCAUGAAGCAAGAGCGAGGUCCCACUCCCCCGUCCCACUUUCUACAAAGGGUGAUCAAUGACAUCUCAGUCUUGUGGCCAGGUCUGAACCAGAUUGGAAUGGAACUGAGUAAUGCUUGUCAUCCGAUAAUGCUUGCCACUGCCCCAGAAUAAACCUGAACUUCUGCAAACAUUGUGGCUUCCCCAAGCCUGCUGCUACUUUUGUCUCGGGCGUGGGUGGGGCUGUCUUGGCUCCAUAAGGAAUGGCACCUUCAUGUCUGAACCAAACCGCCACACAAGAAAACGCAGCUCAGACAGUUCCAGUUAAUCCUAUCUAUUGUCACCUCUCUGCAGCCGUUGGGUCUCUUAAAUGCAUUGUUUCCAAGGGAGGACCCUGAGAAGAGCUUAACCAGAGGUAGACCGCCUGAUCUUUCUUUUAUUCGCAUGGUCCCUGAUCCCUUUUCUUUUCUUUUUCUUUGCUUUAAACAACCGACCUGUCAUUGCACACAGCCAGAAUUCUGCAGGGGCAAUGAUCCCAUCGUUGAUUAAUCCUUUCCAAAUGAAGCAAAAAACAAAGCAAGUAUUAAUGAAAAGCUGGCACAGAUGUGUUCCAUUUUCUUUGGAAGGUUCGCACAAGGGUGUGUUGGUUACACACAUGGCAUAGAUGCAAGGGUAUGCCUUGAUCUCACGUGGCAUCUUCUCCUGUCCCUGGCCCCAUAUGACCUUUAAUGGGAACAAGAGCAUUCUUGCAUCCAUGUCUACUCAGGCAGGCACUGCAUACAUUAAGAGUGUAGAACAGAAUGUUCCAAUCAGCAGCAAGCAUCUAGCUCAUGCUCUCCUCUCCUCUCCUCUGGCACAGCUGUUGGAAAGAGAGCAGACAGCUUUCUGUUUCCAUUUUCCACGGAAACCACUUAGAAAUGUACUUCAAAGGCAAUGUUGCGUCCCAAUGUCAUGAUGACGUUGGGUGAUUGACAGGUGGGUGGUCUCGCCCACCUGUCAAACUUGCCCCCUGGGUGUAAGUGGAGAUUAGGACUUGGCCCACUGGCCAGGCUCAGUUCCCCACCCCUGUUUGAAUUACUCAAGAGUAGCAGCAACUUCACUACUUCCUUUAUUUAUUUAUUUAUUUAUUUUAAACAACACGUAUAUUAUAUUUAAGAGUCCAAUCAUACAUUCAUAUAUUGCUACAAAAAUUAAAAUGAUGACACCUAUAUGAAACAUACCUAUGCAGAUAUUCAUAGAAAUCAUAAUAACUAACAAUCUGGUAUACAUAAGGACCUUGGAAAUGAUGGAGUGGGAGAGAGACAUGUUUAUAAGAGAGGGAAACUAAGCAUAUACUGUAUAUGCAAACCAUUGCAAAUACCACCUUUGGAUAAGCCUAUUUUUCUGAUGUUCAUUUGUCAGUCUUUCACUUCUAUAGCAUGUUGAUUUAGUAAGACUGUGAUAUUCCAUAUUUUCCCAUGCCACUUGGCUACCAGACAACUGCUGUGCUAGUCUCUUGCUGCAAAAAAGAAUGAGUUUUGUGACACCUUAAGGACUAACACAUUUCUUAAAGCAUAAGCUUCCAUGGACUACAAUUCACUUCAUCAGACACAUGAAGUGUUCCCCUGAGUUUUUGUUGGCAUCCGUCUGUCUCAGGAGACAAUGGAGGAGUGUGCCAUUGAGGAUGAGGUCAAGCUGUUGGACAGUGCCUGCUCUGACUGUAGAGACCGAUGCGGAGGAGACAUGUUGGAUUGCAGCUGGGGCAGAUGAAGGUGUCCGGUUUUGCUGCUACAGGUGCACCAUGGUGUUUCUUCUUUCUGCAAUCCUCACAGCUAUCAUUCCUCCUUUGGUCACUGCUGUGGAAGCACAACCUGGCUGUUUGUCUCCAGGCACAAACAUACAACGGAGUUCAUGUUCCAGAAGACGUCUUUGUAACACAGAGUUGGUCUGCCAACAGGCCUAGUGCCUGAAGCUGGUUCCCCAUAGAGCAUGUUCUUGGGGAUCCUGCAGGGAUGGAAUGACAAUGGGAAAAGUCCACUCUGUAGGCUUCUCACUCAGGUUUCUUUUCCAUGACUAGUUUGCCUCAGAUUCCUGCUAGAAUCCCAAAUCAGCUCUGCUUUAGUUUACACACACUCUCAGGCUUGGCGGGGGGUGGAUUUACAAGUACAGUGGUACCUCAGUUUAUGAACUUAAUCCGUUCUGGAAGUCCGUUCUUAAACCGAGACCGUUCUUAAACUGAGGUGCACUUUCCCUAUUGAGGCCUCCCACCGCCAGUGCCCUUCCACCAUUCGGAUUCUGUUCUUAGACUGAGGUAAAGUUUGCAAACUGGGACACUACCGGUUUUGCGAAGUUCGUGAACCAAAUCGCUCUUAAAGAGGACUGUUCUUAAACCGGGGUACCACUGUACUUCAGGAAAAUAUCAUUGAUCAAAUCCUGAAGAUAGCGUAACAGAACUACCUUCAGAUCUUGUGGUAUAGUAUAACCAGUCAUUUCAUUAAUUAAAUGCAAAAUUUCUAUUCAGAAGGGGUAAGCAGUUGUUCUUUAAAAAUCACUACUUCUCCUAAAAGGCAUGAGGGCAAGAAUGUUCCUCUUUAACUAAGCCUUUGGAUGAUUGACAGCCAAUGCUAUCGGGGGGGGGUGUGUUAUUGGGUUGUUUUUGUUUUUAUUUUGAUUAUUUUUUUAAAAAGUUAUUGAAAUAUGAACACACUUAAGUAACAUGGCAAAAUGGACUGGGGUUCUUUUUCUAAAUGUAACACUCUUGGGUAGAAAGGCAGGGGAGAGAAUCAACAACUAAAUGGAAGAAAAUGGCAGCUCCUGAAAACCUUUGUCCAUAUCAAUUACAGUCAGGAGCGCAAGUCUGCAAAUCUGUAGGACACCCUGCCCCCCCCAAUAACCAUUCCCUGUUCAUGCAGUUACUGCUGGCUGGUUACUCAGAUAACAACAUGGUCUUUUUCUUUUGUUCUACUGUGGGAGUUCAAAAUAAAGCUUUUGAGAAAAGUGUGUAAUACAGAAAAAUAGACAUUUGGGAAUGUGAGUUAUUCAGCAACUCCAAAUUGCUCAUUGAGCACAGAGAAUUUGCUGACUUGCCUGGCCACACCAGUUACCUUUAAACUUAUGGAAUGCGAUUCUCUCUCUUUGAAAGACUAGAGCAUUAGUUGUGUGACCAGUUCAAAGUUUCCUAACGUCCAUAUAGGUAAGAAAAAGUGCUUUCCCUUGACCUCCACUUCUUUUUCUUCUCUUUCAUUGUUUCAUUUCAUUUUAUCCAGUUGAUACUUUGCUUGUGGUGUUGCUUUUAGCCCAACGAUUCUAUUCUAGACUUAAGAUGAGAGCAGAAGUCAUGUACUCUAAGACAAUUCCGAGAUUUUCCACCUGAGUUGAACUACCUCAUGCUGCCUAGUGGUAGCACUCAUCUUGACUAUGCCUUUAUCUUUGGAACACGUGCCAAAUCUAGACUUCAGCGUAACACAAUAUGGCUACUGAUUAACAAAAAUUGGGGGUGAGGUGUGUUUUGGAGUGACCACAGUAUAAAAUAGGGAUAGGGAAUUUUUUUCACCUUGCGAGCCAGAUCCAGAAUUAUCCUACCCUCCGUGGACCAUUUUUGAUAAGAGUGUGGAGCCAAUCCCCUGAUGUUACAUGUUAUCAGGCGCAGGAUUAUCUCCCAUCUUAGCUUCAACUCCUCUUGAACUCCUUAAUGUAAGAUAUGGAUGUAAAAGUGUGGACAUGGCCAGCUUCUCAUGUUGCGACGUACAAUGAUCUUUAUAUAAAUCCCUCUUUUUUUUAAAAGAACCACCUUACGUUUAUUUACUUACAGAUAUGUCCUUCCAUCUCUUUGCUCUGAUCUGCUGACAAGUACAUAUCCCGGCAGCUCCCAAAUCCACAAGGUAAGCAAAGCGUUACGGAUUCAGAUACACACAGGGUUUACAUUAUUGUUGCUAUUACUGUUAUUUAUUAUAAUAAAUCGCAGGGUGGUUCACAACUCAAAAAUACAAAAUAAGAAUGCAAAAUACAUAACACAAAAUACAGAAGAAAACAAAAAUGGAAGCAAAAUCAUUUACUCCAUUAACACAUUUAAAAGGCCUUGGAAUGUUAAUCAGCCCAAGGCCUGGUCAAAGAGAAACAUUUCUGCCUGGCGCCUAAAUAUAUAUAAUGUAGGUGCCAGGUCAGCCUCCCUAGGGAUAACAUUCCACAAAUGGACAGCCUCCACAGAAAAGGCCCGUUCUUGUGUUGCCAGCCUCCAGACCUCUUGUAGAAGGGGCACUCAAAGAAGGGCCUCAGAUGAUGAUCACAACAUUCAGGUUGGUUCAUAUGGAGGGAGGUGGACCUUGUGGUCCUGAGCCAUUUAAGGUCAAAACCAGCACUUUGAAUUGGGCCCGGAAAGUAAUCGGCAGCCUGUGCAGUUGGGCCAGGGGCAAUAUAAUAUAUUCAAACCAUCUUGCCCUGAUGAGAAACCUGGCCACCAAAUUCUGCACCAGUUGAAGUUUCUGAACCGUCUUCAGAGGUAGCCCCACAUAUUGCCUUUAUUCCUUAAAAAAACCACAACAACUAAUGUUGCCAUUCCAAACUGUUUACAUUAUUUAGAAAACUAAAAAUUUUUUGUGUUGCAAUACAAUUUCAUGCAUUCAUUCAUUUCUGAACCUCUCUGCUGGCUAAUAAAACUUUUGGUCUCUUUUAAAAUCCUAGUCCCACCUGGUUUAGAGGAUAAACUCACAGGCCGUGUGUGUUCUUGAUACACAGUUGCCUGCUAAUAGAUAUGAAAUAACAUUGGCACUGAUAGCAGCAGAAGCAGUUGUAGCAGCCGCAGCACUGAAACAGAAGCAGUAUGUUCUUUAUCCUCUGUGACUGCCUCAACUUCAGGUCAAGGGUUGAAGCGGGAUUGGCAAAGGAGAUUUGGAGGCGGUUCAGCCAGGGUGACACAAAUGUAUCCAAACCUUUACAUGAGGUCAACAAACAUCUCUCAUGAAUCUGUUCUCACCUUUGAGCUAUGCUGUUCCUUGUUAGGACUGUACCACCUCAGAAUUCACACGGGGGUGGGGAGGAUUGCUGCUUCAAAGCUGCUCGAUCAACCUAUGGCUUCUAGGCAACUUGGUUUAUUCAGGAGCACUGAAUAAAUUUUCAAGUCAAUUUUGGGAAUUGAGUAUUUGGUGCUGCCAAUACAGUGCCAUAUUAGGCAAGUGGGCUACGGUGGCAUACAACAGAUCUUGGUUUUUGGAAGUGAAAAUAAAUGAGGCAUGUGUGAUCUCUUGUGUGAGUGCAUCCACACCCCAACCUCAUUUUCUUAUUUACCGCUUAUAAAACAUUAGCAACAGCAACAACUUCUCUCGUAGUCCCUACAGAUCAGUUUAGUUGAACAAGGCCUUUCCAAAUUCACCUCUGGUUUUACUUUAGGUGAAAUUUUGUGGAAACUCAGCAUAUACUGAAACACACCCAUUUCCCACAAACUCAAUGAGCUCUUAAAGCAAGGAGUUUCUAAUAACUUGGUUAAUGGGGAUUCUGUCAGAUUUAUGAUUUGUGUUUGCAUUGCUGGCUGCACUGCAGUAUUGAGCCUCAUUGUUGCAACAUGUUCAUCAAUAACUGACAUGUUAAAGCCCCCCUUUUAAAAAGCCCAUACGUCUAAAGAAAUCUCACUUGAUUCUUGUGGUUGAGCUGUGGACAUCCCCUACUUUUGGAUAUGUUCUUUUAUUGCUUCCAUAAAUCCCCUUAUGGUCAACAGUGGUGGUAGUUGAGAGAGGGUGGAAUCAAUACAAUGAGGCUUGAUGAUAUACAAUGAUAGGCAUCAUAAUUUUCAGAAGCAUAGCGCACAAAGCAAACCUGCAAUAAGUGGAAGUAAUGGCCAUUGAGAAAGAUUAAUAUUAUAGUACUAGUAAUGGAUUUUGUCCAUUAUCAGAAUACAUGCUCGAUUAAAAAAAAGCCAGUAGGUCUGGUUGGGUAUCUUUUCAUGCUCAAGAUUAGGAAACAAUUGAUCCUAGCCUUGUUUGAUUUCCACCCUGAUAGCAAGGAAGACCUCACUUACAUCCAUGUAAAAAUGAGAGAGCACUAAUUAGGGAUGGAAAAUACCAAGAGAUAUAGUUGAGGAACCGGAAGUGCUCAUUAAAUAGGUCAUUGCUCAAGUUUCUUUUCAAAAUUAGGAAUACUGAAGCUCCAGCUUGCCUCCAGGACCGGCUCUCUGACCUAGAAAUUCUUCCCCUGGAAUCCACAAAGGGUUGGAACUUACUUCUGAUGCCGACUAAUGGAAAUUGUUGGUUGGUUGGUUUCAGUAAGUGUUUUCCCUCAAGAUCAUGUACCCAGUUUACACUUUCUGUCAGGGUUUGUGUGCAGUCCAGGAUUUCUGGGCUAUAUACAUAUUACAUAGGUAUUAAUUAAAUAACUGGAGGAACAAGGUGUGGUUGGAGAAAAGGUGGGUGGGAGGACUGCGGGGAAAACAAAGUGAGAAAGAUUACAGCGACAUCAUGAUUUGCAGCUUUUAAAGAGGCAGGACGGUUUCACAUGGCAACCCUGUAUUUAACAAGGGAACAGAUGUAAUGGUCUGGGAAAGAGAUCUUGAUGGGAAAUGUAGCCCGAGUCCAAAGCAUGGGGUGUGCCCAUUGGGUUUCUGUUCCUUGAUCAUCAGGCUUCUAAGUUCUAUGUUUGAAAGUGAGGUGUCAUUUAGAAACAACACCGACACACAACCUUGUGAUGUUGUGUGGGGUCUACUGCCUAAAAGAAAAUGUCAGAAAUUCCAUUGCUUUUCUGGUUGCUUCCUUUCCUUCUAAUUGUUCAGGCUCCAUCCUGUGCCCCUUCAGCUCCCAAUGUGGCUGACGUGCUGCCAUUGUAUCAUGUCUAGCCCUUAAUACUUAAUCCCACACUGUUUUGCAGUUAUCCAACCAAGUGGAUGCUGUUUCUGACUUCAUGUUGAUGUGAACGAGAGCUUGUACUUAUUCCGCUUUUGGCUUCUGUUACAUGUACAGCUUCUCAUAGUACGUGUUUUUAGAUGGCGACUACUCACGAGUUCUAGAGUUGAGGCAGAUUAAGUAUCCUCACUCUGAUGUAUCUGAUUUCCAUUUAGCUUCACCAUUCCCGUCCUUCAUGGGGCUGCUGAGCUUUUAACAGCUGUCCAGUUUUCAUCAAGUUUCCCUAUCACUUAUUCACUUCUGGGAAAUCCCCCCCCCCAAGCAACAGAAACACAGAGAUACCACCUAGGAAAAACACCUUCCAUUUUAUUGACUUGCUGCUAUGCUUGCUCUUCAAAGUCUGUUGCACACGGUGAUGGUGAUGCUGGUGAUGUUUUUGCCUUGAGGAAAUGCAGAGAUUAGUUUCCCCAACAUUUGAUCUACAGAUUAGGAAGGUGUGUCUCAUUGCACUAAGAUGAAUACAAUGGUAUUUCCAAAUGGCCCUAAAAAAAAACAAAGCCUCAACAGGAUAUUUCUAUUAGUUCUGUGCCGAAACCUGUCCUCCAUGUUUUCUUCCCCUGCAAAAAAAAAAAGAAAGAAAAAAAAAUCUUCAAUUUUCCUCCUUAUUCUCAGGGUUUAGAAUUUCUUUAUCAUUUCGUGGGGUGCAGGAUUGAGCCUAAUUUAACAUUGCACAGCGGCCAUGGAUGGUGUGUUUUCUUUAUUCCCAUUGAACAUUCCUUCACUGCUCUGACUACAGACUUCACAGCUGCCUCUGCUUCCUGGUCUGAAAAAGUCCAGCAGUAGAAAGUCACAUCUAUACCAUACAUUUAAAGCAUAUGACUUUCCCCCCAAAGGAUUCUGGGAACUGCAGUUUGGGGCUAAGUGAGGAGUAAACUACAGUUCCCAGAGGGGGAGGUCAUGUGCUUUAAAUGUAUGGUGUGGCAGUGACCUUUCCCCCUGAAGUCCCUUAGUGGGCUAGAGAGGCCAGCUGCCAGUUGCAGGAUCCAGGCACAUUUGCUAUCCUUUCAAUAUGCCCGUAAGGUAACUGGGAUUGUAAGCUCUCUUCUACGAAUGCCCUACUGAAAGCAAUGCAGAAGAGUGCAUUUCAGCAGGUACAGCUUCUUGCCCUGCAUGACACUUCACACCCACUGAGAUGUCCUUUUCCAUGCAGCUCUUAAAGCAACCUCACCAUCUCCCUGCAUGAAUGGACUGCAGCCUAGCACACACAGCUCCUUCAUUCAGCUGCCCACUGCAGGAGAAUAACAAUUAAAAAAUGAACAAUGACUACUCCAAUCAACUCCCGAUAAUAUCACCAAGGCAACUAUCUGCAAACAAACAAUAAAUGUUCAUAAAAAUGGCUAAGGCAGUUUCUUUCCCAAAUAGGUUUUAUCCUAAACAAUAGCAAACACGGUCAAUAAAGAGUUCACUAGUAAUAUAUCAGUGGUUCAGUGUUCAUUUCUUCUCUUUCCAAAACAGAUUUUAUCUUGAACAAUUGCAAAUGCAGUAAUAAAGAGUCCACUUGUGAUAUACCAGUGGUUCAGUGCUCGGACGUCGUUCCGGUAAUCUGACGUUUCGUCACUAAAAAGCUUAGUCAUCGAGCUUUGUAGUAAAUAAUAAACAAGAGAAGACAGUAUGUAAACGACUUAAAGCAGGGGUACAUCUGUCCCCAUCUGCAUGUUUCCAUCAGGAGGAGCAUAGAAAGAGGACGCUGUUCUUCAGUUUGUUAAACCUGAACCACUGAUAUAUUACAAGUGAACUCUUUAUGUACUGUGUUUGCUAUGUUUAAGAUAAAACCUAUUUGGGAGAGAAACUACCUUUGCCAUUUUUAUGGAUGUUUAUUGUUGCCUUGGUGAUAUUAUCCUGUGUUGUUCACUGCAGGAGCAGGUAGAAAUCGCUGCCUUUUAGAGAAGCUUUUAGGGAAGCUCUAGGUUUAAGGUCACAUUUAGAUUUGACACCUUUGUUUUCCAGACGAAGUCUCUUGGGGUUGUCUUGAACUAAGGCCUGUUUAGCAUAGACCCACUAAAAUUAAUGAACCGAAGUUAGUCAAUAAACUUCAGUGGGUCUACUUUGAGUAAGACUUGGUUGAAGGCAACCCUUAGGACUGGUUUAAAUUUAGCUGGCACACUAACAGAAACCAGUGCAAUGGCUUCCUCUCGUGCAGUGGGGCUCCCUCCCCUGCAUCUUCCCCAAAUCCUCAUCAGACAGCUGGGAGAGCCCCCAAAACAGCACUUAGAAGACAGGAGGAGGGGAUCAUUCUGUCUGACAAGCAAGUAGCGUGGCAUAGGGGGAAACUGUACCUGUUGCAUUUCUUUCAGGCAUGAGUUAAAGGCAGCACACCAUUAUCGGGGUGGGGAGGUGGGGAUUGUAAUGGUUUUUAGGGCACUUCCAGAAACAUGACAAUGGGUUGUUAUGGCAUCAGGUGUUUGUUUUUUUAACUCAUUGGAUUUCCUUCAGGUAGGGUAAAUCUGGAUUAGAUUGGGGAAAGCUAGGUACUGACAUUUUAAUGUUCACUAUGUCACAAGGACACUGGAAAUAAUCUUGGGUGCAUGUGGAGCACUGAUACAUAAUAAACCUCCUUCUGGAAGCAGACUGAUUUUUCACUCAGCACUUAAAACUGUUUGAGUAGAGUGGUCAGAUGGAAGGGGGAGCAGGGCUGCUAUACCUACUGCAAUCCUGAUUUUCUGCAGCUGUUAAAGGUUCCAGGAGUCCUGCCCUCCUUUUCAUCUCACCACCCUUCUUCCGAACCUCUCUUCCACUUUUGGUGUGGUUGCAUGUAAGUCAUGUGCACGGCUAUAAAGGAGCAGCUUUUAUAGAAACGUUUGGGGGAAAUGGAAUGUAAAUGUUUAAAACAAGUCAUGCAUAAAAGUUAAUAUGCAAAAUCCUGAGAUUCUUAGGAAGCACUUUCCUGCCAGAUCUCCUGUUGAUCUGAGAACCACAUCCCACUUGGAGUUGGUAUGUAUGUUCAAGCAGGGCACUUGAUGCACAGCAGAGGAUACGAGGCAGCUUUAAUGAUCACAGUUUUAAAAAUAAAGAAGGGAGACCCUUGACAACUGGAUGAAAGACAUGAAUACUCUUCUACCCAGCACAGAUAUACAGGUAUAGGGAAAUGUGCAGAACUGCUGCCUGUUAUGAACAGCUCAUUCCACUGAACGGGACCUUGGCCCUCUGCCCCAAAGUCCUGGCCUGGCUGGCACCACACCAGAGUUCUGUCAAGGUAGGGACCAUUGCGCAAGCUAUUACAAAUGCGAGUCCUGGGCACAUUCCUGGUACUUUAUUGGUAGUUAUGAUGUGAGGCCAUAACAUUAGAGUUGGCCUCAAGAUCAGUGCUAAUAAAGCUGAAAUGGAACUAAAAGCUUCUUCCAAGCUGCUUAUCGUUGUUUAUCUUGAAAUGGACUCAGUUCCCUCCUAGAAAUGGCAUUGGAUAAGGUUUCAAGGGACUGCCUGUGAUUCUUGUCAGCAGGAAUAUUGUGUGUUCAACCACUAAAGGAUUAGGCUGCAGCUGGGCUAUUUUAGGUCUCCCUCCAAGGAAAACUAUAUCACAUACCAGACAGCUUUGCUUAUUUGUUUUAUUAUUAUUAUUUUAAAAAAAGAAUUCUUCAUUCAGCAGGGGAAGAAACAUCCUUUUCAACAGAGCAACAGAAUGUUAAUGUUGAUGGUCCAAAUGAAGUGCUUUUGCUUGAGUAAGGUAGUGGAAAGUGUGGUAGUGUCUUAGCUCCAGGGUUUCUCCAGAUAAUUUAGGCUCUCUGACCUGGAAGCCAUUUCCCUUGUUCUCAGAUGAACAAGAGGGCAUAUCCAUACUAUGAACUAAUAACAGUUCAUAAAUAUGAGGAGGUUUUUCCUGUCAGUGUAAUUGUUAAGACUUUCUCCAGAGAAUUCUGAGAACUAUACAACACCACAGUUAGAAAAUCCAUUCAUAUCUAUGAGGCAGAUUUUAUAUCCAUUUAAUUGUUAAGGUUUUCCCCAGAGAAUUUUGGGAACUGAGAAUUCUGAGAACUGGGAAUCCGUUCAACACAGCUUCCUACCCCUGUCCAAUAAGACUCUAAAAUUGGGCCCUGACAGGAGUACAGACAGGCAACUGACAGGUCCAAUGAAAGAGGUUGUGUGGGUUUUUAGAUGAAGGUAUAAGGUGUUUUAUUCACUUUCGUUCGGUAAAUUUGCCUACCACUAUUCACCUAAUGGUGAUUUACAGCACAAUUAAUCCCAACAAUAAUAAAACCACGAUAUACCCAUUUGAAUAAAACUAUAAACAACAUCACAUUCUUUAGAGAUACCUGGGUUAUUCUGUUGGUAUGCUGGCUUGCAUAUGACUGGAACCAAACUGGAUAUUUUAUUUCUUUUACUGGCUUCUCCUUUGGAUUUGAUGGAUUUAUAUUUGAACAUGGUUGUAAAACUCCUCUGAGGGGCAACUUAACCUAAAAAGUACUGUAUACAGUAUAAAAGCUUUUAAAACUAACAAAUAGGAAAUGGGUCUAGGAAAAGGAAGCAUAUUCUGCAGAGACUGCAUUUGAAACUGGCUGGCUGUCUUUGGGAUUUAGUGGUGCCCAUCUUUGGUCUGGCUUUAAAUUCCAGCUUGCCGGUACAGUUCCUCAUUCACGCAAAGCUAUAAGGGAGAUGAUCUUCAAAGGCACUUUUGACAGUUGGGCUGCUUGAUGUUAGUUAUGCCUUUGACAUUCUACCCUUCCCAACUUUAGAAAGACGUUAACUGCUUUUUUUUCCACCACUGGGGCGAAAUGCUAUUGUCUCAGCCAUGAAAGUUGCAUGCAUACCUUUUAAGAGUCAUUACUCUGCACUUCUGGAAGAUUAGCCUGUGAGGCCGCCUCCUCCUCCUCCUCCUUCUUACAUGAACACAGAUGUUCUAUCAUACAUCUAAGGCUGUGAUCCUGUGCAUGGUUACUUAGGAAUUAGUGAUGUUAAUGGAACAUCUGAGUAAAUAUUGGUUUGUGGACUGGACUCUAAGCCACCUCACCUCACCAGCUCCCAAGUAUCGAAGUAAAACAACAGGACAUUGCAGUUCAGGAUUCAGUCCAUUCAAAUGCAUUUUGAAUGUUAAUGUGCUAUGAUUUAAAAAAAUUCUGAUGAUAGAUUUUCUGUCAGAUACAGAGAUUCCCUCUGUUAUGGGUGAGGCAGAACAUGAAGUGAGAUCAAUGGAGUGACUCUGGAUUAAAGUGGCGAAUAUGGCCCAUAGUCAGCUGCUGCCAACAAUGCAUAGAAUUUACUCCUGCGGUUGUUGGGAGUUAAAAAUAAAAAGCUUAACUUUAAACAAUAAAGAUUGCCUCUCCAUUGAACUAUUUGAUAGUGGCCUUUGACAGAGCCAUGUGUGGUUUGCUUUGAUCUGUUCCCUAUUGUUUCUUUUUUGCUUUUUUGUUUCAGAUGUCAAAUAACUCAUGUGCCAGGUAACAUUCCAUUCAUGCCUUGCCUGUCAACUGGCAGGUCUUGCAGAGUGACUCUGGACAGAAAGGAAGACUCCCUAUCCCAGCCAUGGCUGCACCAAGGAAAGGUUUAAGCGCCUCCCCUCCCGAUGGUGGCUGGGGGUGGAUGAUUGUGAUCGGCUGCUUCCUUGUUACUAUCUGCACGAGAGCUGUAACAAGGUAAGGGCAUUUAUGGGUGUGAUUCUUCACCCAGCUUUUGUUGUUGUUAUCCCCUGCUUGAAAGCGGUGGGAAAUACUACCUCGUGGUCCAGGAAUGGAGGAUCUUAAUUAAUUUAUUUGGACACUUCUUAGCCACGUUAUCUGCAGAAUGAUUACAGCAGUCCACUGGAUAGCUCAGUUGGUUAGAGCAUGGUGCUGAUAAAACCAAGGUCACAGGGACAGCUGCAUAGUCCUGCAUUGCGUGAGAUUGGACUAGAUGAUCCUCAAAGUUCCUCCCAACUCUAUGAUUCUAAGUCUAAUAACAGCAGGAUUGCUUUGCUAAGGCAGCAUUAAAAGUGUGUCACAUACAUUGAGAAAGACCCAGGUGGAUCACCUGAGGGGAGUGCAUUGAACUAUGGAUGUGACAUCCCUCUGCAUCCCUGAUACAUGAUACCUUCCUCUGAUCCCUUCCUCUGAUACCUGAUACCAUCCCUGAUACCUUCCUCUGCAGAGCCGCAAAGACAUGUAGGGUUGUAGCCAGCUGUGUCAUACUCUUGAGUACACCUACUGAACUUGUUGGCUUUGAGUUAGUCAACCCAUAGAGUGGAUGAGGGCCAUCAAGCUGAUACUGAAUCCAGACAAGAUGGGUUCCAUCCAGAUAAAGUGAGUGGAUGGAGGCUUGCAACCAGUGCUGUUUGGACAUGUACUUCCCCUGGAGGACAAAGAGUAGAAUUCUGGAGUUCUCCAUGCCAACUGGGGAAGCUCGAGUGGUGAUAGCAGCCAGGAGUGUUUUUUACCAAUUUAGACUGGUAUGCCAACUGUGCACCAGUCUGACCUUGCCUCAGUUAUCCAAGUGUUAGUGAUAUGCGGGCUGGAUUUCUGCAACGUGCUUCACAUAGGACUGUCUUUGAAGACUGCCAAGAACAUAAGAAGAUCCCUGCUGGAUCAGGCCAGUGCUCAAUGUUCUCUUCUCGGUACGGCCAACCAGAUGACUUCAAUUGGUACAGAAUGCAGCUGGCUGUGUCCUGUUAGGAGCCUGGCAAUUGGUUCACGAGGCACUUAUGCUGAUUGCCAGUGCAUUGCUAAGACCAAUUCAAAAUGAGGUGGUUACAUUUAUUUAGCAGGGAGCAGUUUGCAUCCCCAUCAGGGCACGGGGCUGAAGCUUCUCUGCCCACCUCAGCACUGUGCCAACUUUUUUCCAUUUUGCUGCCACCUUCAAAAUUGGUGGGCUCUUGGGAAUCUAUUUUGAGCAGGACAGAAGAAUUUGUGGGGGGCGGGGAGCAGAUCAAACCAUUGGGAAUCAGAGUUAGGCAUCUUAGCUUUGAAAACUUAAAUGCUUCGGAUCUGAGUUAUUUUGAGGACUGCCUUUGCAGCCUGUCCAUAAGAUCUGCAACGGAGGCCCUCACAUGCCUGCCACUGAGAGGGUGGAGAGCACAAGAGGGAGGCCACAGUGGCCUCACAUUUCUAGAAGACAUUUCCUGCUGGGAUUCCUCAAACCCCAUCGUCAUACAUAUCCAGGAGAGCCCUGGAUACCCUCCUUUGUUUCCUUCUGAUUUCCUUCUGAGAUUAUUUUCCUGUAGCAGUUUUGCUUGGAUAAUUUAUGUGUGCAUUUCUUGCUUUUAUUAAUAAAUGUGAGGUUUUAAUUGCAAUUGUACUGCAUUGCAUUUUCUUUUGUAAUCUGCCUUUGCGGUGGUGGUGGUGUUUGACCUUUACAAGGCAACUUAAAAGUACUGUUUUUGGCAUUGGAUUUAGUAAAACUGCAGAAUAAGCUCCUUUUCCAGACCUGGGCAUAGCCUGGGGUGGGGACUCGUUAAGGAAUACAAAGGUGCUGAUGACCAGUCAGAUUCUUGAGGCUGAGCAAAUGAGGUUGCCAGGGUAACAGUGGGCAUGAUGUCACCACAGGGGAAAAUGUCCUUUUUUAAAAAGUGGCUUGGCUUGCAUUUUUAGCAAGGGUUUUGGGGAAGAAGAAGGGUGGGGCUAGAGGUCAUGUGGGCCGAGGGACGGACAAGCUGUAUGGAGGAGACACAGGAAUUAUGUUUUGGUUGCAUUUAAAUCCAGUGCUGUGUCACUGUAGCAAGCAAGUCCCUCUUGAGAUGUGAUGCUCAGAACCCUCUCUCCAUCCAGACUCAGGUGUAAAUAACAAACCAUAUUUCAUAAAGACCCUACAGCCUCCAUUGUGCCCAAAGGAAACAUAAGCCCUGGUUGGGUGCCAAGACCCCUUGUAUCUUGCACUGCUCAGCAGAGGUUGGGGUGGCCAAUAACAGUACUUUAAAUAACUAAAAUUAGUCUUAGCACCCGAGGCCACAAGGGUCUUUUCUAUCCAAUAACAGAUUAAGUGGCUUAUACAACUCGCUGCUCUUUCAUCACAUCCUAAUCUUGCUGUCUGAGGCUUACUCUGCUUAGUGAUAGCACUGGCCUAAGUUCACAACCUUUCCAAAAAUUAUGCAAGAGGAUAGCAAAUGAAAGAACCAAGGUGAGGACGACCUCUUGUUAGCACUGCCUCCUUGUCAGAGUCUCUACCCAAGGAAAUCCUGACAAACCAGCUCCCCCUUGACUUUUCAAAGGUUGUCUUGCCCUGUACAGGCGACACCCAAGGGUGUUCUUGGCCCACAUGCAUGUCAGCGGAGCACACAUAAACCCAUUCUACCCCUGUCCAAAGGGACCCAUGCAUUGGUGGCUGCACAUCACUUGAAUGCACGCAAAAUUAUUGACACCUGUAUUCUGAGUAGUUUUUGCCCCAACCGUUGUUAAUGUUGAUUGAUUGGUUGCAAUGUUGGUGUCAGGGAAUGGUCUGAAGGCGAGUACUGGAGAAUGCAUUCUGUGGCAGACCAGCUUCUCUCUGAUGGAGAGCUGGAGGGAGAAAAGUAUCCCCCCUUGUCCACAUGUUCAGAAGCAGAGAGAGAGAGAGACAGGACCUGAACAGCUUAGGGAGGAGUUAGCCAGUUUCAACAUAAUGACAAGAGAACCAGAAGAGAGGGGGCAUCUAGUUGAGACGUCUUUUGAGAGUGUGGGGGACCCCCACCCCGUUCACCAUGGACUCAGAGGUCCGAAUGUAUCAGAGAGCAAAGGAGUCAGAGGGAGGGACGAACUUCCCAUUGACACCCAAAAUGCUGCGGAAGUCGGAAGGAGAAUAAGACUAGCCAACUGCCCUCCUUGCGGAGAGCUGUGUAUUUGUACUCGCGACAUGAUGCUGUCAUAAAAGGACUAUAAAUCUAUCAACUGCUCAUUAAUUCUUAUCUGCAAAGUUUCCGAAGGGAGGGGAGGACUCUCCAUGCCUGACAGUUGGUGACUUUUUAAAAAGUUAUAAUUUUGAUGUGAGCCACCUUGUGCAGAACAUGACACAUCAGUUUAGGAAAUAUUUCCCAUGACCAAGACGCUUUGUAAUAUGAUUUACACUUGUUCAAAAAGUAAUUAUUAAGUUUGUUUAAUAAUAAUAUUUGUUCAGUAAAAAAGAUCCCUAUCCAAUGGGACUGCUGCACAUACCUGAUGGGCUGUAUGCUGUUUUGUCUCGGUGGGCAACGUGAGAGACAGAGAGAGACAGCAGGUUUCUUGGUUCUGCCCUGUUUUUUGAGGACUUGCCUGACAUGACUCAUGUCUCAGACAUUGGUUGUGCAAUCCCUUUCCAUGACUACCCUCAAUGAGACGGGUGAGUGACCCAAGAAGGCCCCUUCUCUAUAUAUACUCUUCAAGCAUCUUAGAUAUUCAGAAAAUAUCUGAUACUGCCUUCCUUCAAAAUAGAAAAUAGAAGAAGAAAAAAUUGGCCAGCGUUCAGCGUUUGCAUAAUACACAUGUGUUUUGUUUUUUAAAAAAUGAUAUUUAUUGAGAAUUUUAAGGUUACAAAGAAAUAAAAAGGAAAAAACAAAAGAGAGAAAAAAGGAAAGAAAAAAGUAGAUAAAAGUAACAAUUAAACAAUACAAAUCAGUAAAAACCAGAGUCAAACAGAAAAAACAAAACACACAAUACAUCAAAUUCAAAAAGCAAAGGUAAACAAUUUUUUUUAAAAACAAAUCCAAUAUUCCCAAAUCCUUAACUGUCAUUACCUUAUUUCAUCGACCUCCUCACACCUCCCCUUUUUGUAUUCUAGUUAUUAAUUAUCUCAGCAAAUCCUUUCCAUCUUUCACAAUAUUCUGUCAUUAAAUUACCUUAAUCUAUUUUAACUUUAUCUUACCAUAAAAAAUCCUGAAACUUAAAACUGAAAUCUUAUUUAUACCAAAUUCUCUUAACCAUUACAUAUUCUUACAAAAUUCUUUUUAACAUUUCUGCUAAAGCCCAAUAAUUUCAUUCCAACAUUUUUCUAAUACUCAUUAAUUUUACAAUACUUUUCUAAAUGAAUUUUUAAAACUCCAAUCUUCAUCCAUCGUCUCUUCUUCCUGGUCUCGGGUUUUGUCAGUCCUUUCUAUCCCAUCCAUCUAGUCCAUCAACCUGGUGACCUUAUGUCCGAGGCUCUUAAGUCUCUUCUAUGUCCCUUCCGCAGGUCUUCUUCAUAUUUAUACCUGUACUUUACUUUGUCUUCUGCUCCUUUCACUUGGGGAGACUCCAACUUGACAAUAUUUUUGUCCCUUCUCAACACAUCAGCCCCUUUUCCAUAGUCUACACUGAAAUCCACAUGGUAUGUGAAGGCAUGUUUCGAGGCCCCUCCAAAGUUAGAGGCCCCCACAACUCCGAGCUCCCCCCAGCCCAAGGCCAGACUUGAAAAAUCAAAAUCAAAAUCAAAACAUCCUUGCAUAGGGGGGUCAGUCCAACCCCCCAUCUCCAAACCAAACAGAACUCCAUCUCUCCAAAUCUGACUUUUUCCAGGUUCAUUCGUCAAUUCCAACAACUCAUGUUCCUGCUGGGCCACAGCUCCCCCCAUCUCUGCCACCCGAGGUCCAGCAACAGCCUCCUCCUUCAUCUCAUCUGUCAAAGCACAUUCCUGAAUUAAUUCCUGAGUGGGUUCUAUAUAGGUACCCACUGCCUGUCCAAAAUUUCCGAUCGCAACAGUCAUCAAAUCCAUCUUCUCAUGUAACUGUUCCAAUAAAGCACUUGUCUUGCAAAAAGCAAGCACCAGAGCUUCCAGUACAUUCUUGUUCAAGGUCGAAGUCUGGUCCCACAAUCUUAAUCUAUUCCCGCUGCAACGCUCCCAAGUUCGGCUUUAAUAACAUUUUCAAAUGCUCCCCCUUGGGUAAAAAAUUUCUAUUUGUAUCAAUCCUUUUUUUUUUUAAAGCAGAUCUAGCAACAAAGUUUUCCUUUUUUGGAUAUUUUGUCAAUAUUUUGUUCCUUUUAAAUGUGAAGGGGAACAAUGGAAUCAAUAUGUUUCUCUUCUUUUAACUAUCUGUCAAAACGUUUCUCCAUAGUCAAUGAACUUCCUGACACCCGCUCCCAGGUUCAAGACGGUGGAAAAUUGCCUUUCUUUACUCUCUCUUCUGCAGGUUUAAACAGUCUAAAAAAGGUUCCCCCCUCUUCUCCUGCUUCCAAGGGGGGUUCAGUGAUUUUAAAUGAUGGAAUUUUGGUCCUUUACAAACAACUUUCUAAACUCUAGCUUGCCGUGUCUUUGCUUCGAUCUAUCUACAAAAGCGGAAGGCGGACUUCCUGUUUAGACCUUCCCGCUUCAGUGCCAAAUUAAAAAAUUUCUUAAUCCAGUUUUCCGUUCUACUCACGGGCAGUUGUUAAAAAUCCAAUUGUCCACAGGAAAAAGUCAGCGCUCUCCGGCAACAGCAAUGCGGCUUCACUCCAUGAAAGAAGCAGUCGAUUCAAAGCACCGCGCCACUCACCCCACUUCACUCCGGAUCUCCGAAACCGGGUUUCCCCGCGAGUAGGCAAAGGUGCCGGCCGAAUCCCACAUCCACAGGCUUCUUCCGCCUGUGGUUUUUGAUGGGUCUCCGCCUCGCCACGGCGGUUCAGACCCUGUUUUCCACGGAGCGGAUUCCUCCCGAUCGGAGGAAAUACGCCAUUGCCAGAGGCGCCAACCCGGAAGUCCAUAAUACACAUGUGUUUUGGAGACAAAAUUAUUCCACCAGGUGUUGCUCUUCAUCCACAUAACACAUAUCAUGCAAACUACAACACUGAUUCAGAGCCGCUUUUUACAAACUGUGCAAGGACUGUUCAAGAGUGCAUUGCACAAAUUAAAAUGCAUUUGGCCCUGAGGUGUGAAGGAAAUUUAGGCAAGCCUGUCUCUGUUGGUUUGCAAAUGUGGCUUCAGUUCCAUUUUCUUCCUGAUGAUAAAACUUUAAGAAAUAGAAUUACACAUGGAAUCUUGUUCCCACCAACCCAAAGAGGGCAGAAACAUCCAGCCAAAUAUUUAACACUGCAGGCUGUGUCUGCUAACUUGUCUAGAGGAAAGAGACUGAAGCCUCAGAGUAUAGACCAGGAGGAAUAUCUUGCAGCUAUACCAAGUGCGACAGAUGACAUACCUGGGGAGCACAUGAAAAUGGGCCUCAGUGUUCCAGCCAAAUCAGCUGGCACGGAAAGAGAGCUCCGAGUUGUUUUUCAGAGGUGAACGUGUUUCAGUUAAUGCUGUAUCAUGAUGAGCUUGAAACAAACACUGCCAUUAAUCAUCAGUUGUGCACACACGGGCCCCUCGGAAGGGCAGUUUUCUGUCAUGUUUGCAGUUUCCCCAGGAGGAAGCUUGUUUAUCUGUGUGAAGCAAGAUAAAAUGGAGAAAAGCCUUUUUAAUCCACACCUCUUGGGUGUGUGUGUGUGUGUGUCUUGCGCAGAACAGUGAAAACUGAUGUAUAGAUCACAAUAAUCGGACAUAAACAUUAUAAGCUUCAAGCUCCAUUUCGUAUUCCUUCAUAAGAACACCACUCAGUAGAUCUGUGUUGUUCAGAACAAUGCACCUGCUUGUACAGGCUCUGUGCAUACCUGGGAUAGGAGCUUUAGUCUGAGACUACACAAAAGAUGGUCAGCCACCGUCACCCUCCUGUUUCUUACAGAAGCAAUCUUUCUCAUUUCUCUUUGCCAUCAGAGGGCUUAUUUGAAAGAAGGGGCCCAGUAACCCUCACAACAGGGUAAAAUCCAUGGCUAAAUAGUCAAUGUCCAUUGGCCACGAGGCCCAUAUUCUCCCUCCACAGUCGGACACAGCAGGCCUCUGAGUGCCAGUCGCUGGGAAACACAAGUGAGGAGAGUGUUGUCGGGCUCAAGUUCUGCUGGUGGGUUUCCCAGAGGCAUCUGGCUGGCUUCUGUGAGAUCAGGGUGCUGGAGUAAAUGGGCCAUGGACCUGAUCCAGCAGGGCUCUUCUUACUCUAUUAAAAAUAAGUCUCCCUGAAAUAACAAACUGGGCCUUGAGCCCAAAGACAUUCCAAGGCCCCUUGGUGCCCUCAAAGUAAAAACUAAAUGGAGUCCACACACUGGUGAGGAGAAAUGGACAAUUUGCAAUUCUUUAAUGCUAAUCUCCACCCCCCCAAAAAAAGAAAUCUGUAAAAUUUUCAGGUUUCCUUGCUUUGCUAAUGGGAGGGCUGCUUGAUUAUCAGGAGUUACCAACCUUUUGGGACCUGGGGGCAUAUUUUCAAACCAAAGAAACUGUUGUUGGCAGCACACAGGAGCCCCAACUCUCACCUCCCCUACACCCUCGAAAAUCCCUCUGUGCCUGGGCAUGGAAAAGGGUAAAAGAGUAUUGGGAAAUGAUUUAUAAUGAAUUGAAAAAAAUGUUUAAAAUUACUUUCCCCCUCCCAAACCCCCCAGAGUCCUUUCUGUUGGGGAUAAUUCAGACUGAAAUUCCUACGUGUAAGAAAAGGUGGUUUAUGUAUGCGACAACUGUAGCCCAUGCUUUGUUAGCCCAAAAAUGGAAAACUAGCAAGGCCCCAACCAAAGAAGAUUGGCAAUUUAAGUUGACAGAAUAUGUACAGCUUGCAGACUUAACAUAUAGAAUAAGAGAACAAGAAGAACAUACAUUUAAAGAAGAUUGGAAAAGGUUUAUUGAAUAUAUUUAAAAUAAUUCUGUACAUCUGAAAAUGCUGGCAGUAUUAAGAUAAAUUCAAUGGUGUAAAGAAGUUUUGAUGGAUGUAAUAAUGGAAAACCGACUGGUAUAGUUUUUGUAAGAUAUGCAGGGAUAUAAGAUAUGUAAAAUGAACCAUGGAAAGAGAAGAAGGGAAGUCAGUGAUAUCUUAAGUAUGUAAAAUGUUUAUCUGAAAUUGUAAAACAGGAAAUUUAAUAAAACACACACACACACACACACACACACACACAAUCCCUCUGUGCCACAAUUUGGGUUUUUUUGGUUGAGCAGUGGGGAGUAUUCUGUUGGCUAAAGGUCCAUGAAUGUUACUUAACUUUAGAUAAAUGAUGAUAGAUAGAUGAUAGAUGAUAGAUAGAUAGAUAGAUGAUAGAUAGAUAGAUAGACAGAUAGAUAGAUAGAUAGAUAGAUAGAUAGAUAGAUAGAUAGAUGAUGCAUAGAUAUAGAUAGCUAAUAGUGCUCAUAUUUGUUUCUAUUUCCAUUCCUGCCCUCGAGUGAACACGUGAAUUAUGGCAAUUUCCAUGCCCCUUUCCCUUGCUUUGACAUUCCUAGCUCAAAAAGCACAAGGAACCAUGUUGAAUGCAACUCUCUGCCUUUCACUUGGAAUCCACCAUACAUCUUAAGUUAGUUUGCAUUUAUUCUUUAACUGCAGUAGCUUAACAUGUUGAAUUAAAUGUGUGUGUUUUUUCCAGGUGCAUCUCAAUUUUUUUUGUGGAGUUCCAGACUUACUUUGCUCAAGAUUAUGCCCGGACAGCUUGGAUCCAUUCCAUAGUAGACUGUGCUACAAUGUUUUGUGGUGAGUAUUUGGAUCAAUUGUGUGUAUGGGUGAAGUACUUUUAGGCUGCAGUCCUAUGCCUAAAAGUCUCAUUCAAUUCAGUAGGACUUCCGUCUGGGCAAAUAUGCAUAAGAUUGUGCUGCACGUCUCCUUUUAGUAACGGUUUGAUACAUAGUCAUAAAAAACCAGAACUAAAUGAGCAGAGUUUCUGGUUUAGACCUGCCUGAUGAUCAGAACAAGCAGUUCCACACAAUCUCUCUGGUUUCCAGUUGUUUCAUUUCAUUUAUAGUGCACUGCUUUCCUGUUAUGGUUUAAAAUACACAAUAUGCAUUUUAGUAAUUAGGGAAUCAAAGUUUAUUUUUUAUUUUUUUAUAAGAUAUUUAUUAAAGUUUCAACAUAAUACAAAAAUAAGUGAAAAAAGAAAGAAAAAAAGAAAAAAAAUAGAAAAUGAAAAUACAAAAUAAAAACAGUUAAAAAACAGAUUAGUCUUUCCAUAUCUUAACUUUCAUUUGCUUGUUUUCCCGACCUCCUCACACCUCCCUUUUUUGUAUUCCAGUUCAAAUUAGUUAAUUCAGCAAAUCCUUUCCCUCUUUGAUUCUAUCUUAAUCUUUUAUCUUAAUAUAUUGUAACUUUAGAUUAUCACCUGUUAACAAUCCACUUUUACAUAUUCCUUCAUAACUUUGCUGCUAAAAACCAUUUAACUUCAAUCCAACAUCAUUCUAACAUUCAUUAAUUUUACAGUAUUUCUGUAGAUAGUCUUUAAAUUUCUUCCAAUCUUCUUCCACCAACUCUUCUCCCUGGUCUCGGAUUCUGCCAGUCAUUUCCGCCAGUUCCAUAUAGUCCAUCACCUUCAUCUGCCAUUCUUCCAGAGUGGGUAAAUCUUGUGUCUUCCAGUACUUUGCAAUAAGAAUUCUUGCUGCUGUUGUAGCAUACAUAAAGAAAGUUCUGUCCUUCUUUGGCACCAAUUGGCCGACUAUGCCCAGGAGAAAGGCCUCUGAUUUCUUCAGGAAGGUAUAUUUAAAUACCUUUUUCAUUUCAUUAUAGAUCAUCUCCAGAAAGCCUUAAUCCUUGGGCACGUCCACCAAAGGUGAAAGAAUGUACCUUCAGUUUCUUUACAUUUCCAACAUUUAUUAUCGGGCAAAUGAUAGAUUUUUGCAAGCUUGACUGGUGUCAUGUACCACCUGUAUAUCAUUUUCAUAAUAUUCUCUCUUAAGGCAUUACAUGCCGUAAACUUCAUACAUGUGGUCCAUAACUGUUCCCAGUCAGCCAUCAUUAUGUUAUGUCCAACAUCUUGUGCCCAUUUAAUCAUAGCAGAUUUCACCGUUUCAUCCUGAGUAUUCCAUUUCAACAGCAAGUUAUACAUCUUUGACAAAGUCUUAGUUUUGGAAUCUAACAGUUCUGCUUCCAAUUUUGAUUUUUCCACCUGGAAGCCAAUUUUAUUAUCCAGAUUAUAUGCCUCCAUUAUCUGAUAAUAAUGAAGCCAAUCUCGCACUUUACUUUUUAGUUUUUCAAAACUCUGCAAUUUCAAUUUAUUUCCCUCUUGUUCCAAAAUUUCCCAAUAUUUCGGCCAUUUGGCCUCCAUAUUGAGCUUUUUCAGAGCUUUCGCUUCCAUCGGUGACAACCACCUUGGGGUUUUAUUUUCAAGUAGGUCUUUGUAUCUUAUCCAGACAUUAAACAAUGCUUUCCUGACAAUAUGAUUUUUAAAUGCUUUAUGUGCUUUAACCUUGUCAUACCACAAAUAUGCAUGCCAUCCAAAUACAUUGUUAAGACCUUCUAAAUCCAAAAUGUCUGUGUUUUCAAGAAGUAGCCACUUUUUCAGCCAGCAGAAAGCUGCUGAUUCAUAAUAAAGUUUAAGGUCUGGCAGGGCAAAUCCACCUCUUUCCUUUGCGUCCGUUAGUAUUUUAAAUUUUAUUCUAGGCUUCUUGCCCUGCCAGACAAAUCUAGAAAUAUCUCUCUGCCACUUCUUGAAACAAUCCAUUUUGUCCACAAUUUGCAAUGUUUGAAACAAGAACAACAUUCUAGGCAAUACAUUCAUUUUUAUCGCAGCAAUACGGCCUAGCCAUGAAAGCUUCAAAUUUGACCAAAUUUCUAAAUCUUUUUUCACUUCAGUCCAGCAUUUUUCAUAAUUGUCUUUAAAUAAGUUCCCAUUUUUAGCUGUCAUGUUAAUCCCCAGGUAUUUCACUUUCUUAACCACUGUUAAACCUGUCUCAUUCUGAAACCUCUCUCUCUCAAUCGCUGUUAAAUUUUUCUCUAAAACCUUUGUUUUUAACUUAUUCAGUUUAAAUCCUGCAACCUGACCAAAUUCUUGAAUCAGUUCUAAAACUCUUUUGGUACUAGAUUCUGGCUCCUGUAAUGUCAAUACUAAGUCAUCUGCAAAUGCUCUCAAUUUGUACUGUUUAGCUCCGACUUGUAUACCUUUUAGGGAAUCAAAGUUUAAGGCAGGUACUGAUUGGAGAAACUUUUAGGAUGCACUCCCAUCACUUUGUUUUGGACUACAGUGGUACCUCUACUUACGAACGCAAUUUGUUUCAGGGUGCCGUUCACACCCCAAAGGUCCGUAAGUAGAGUGCCACUACUGCGCGUGUGCAAAGCACAAUAGAGCGCUUCUGCACAUGCAUGAAGCGCACAGAUUGCUUCUGCGUGUGCGGCAAACCCGGAAGUAAACACUUCUGGGUUGGCCGCAUUUGUAACCUGAAAAGCCGCAACGUGAAGGAAAUGUAACACGAGGUGUGACUGUAAUUACACAAGCUGAAAUGCAAAACUCACAGGGUACAAUUCACUUCCUGGCCUCCGAAGCCAUAUUUGCGUAAGCAGAAGGGAAUUGGCACUUCUUUUCAUGAAAGACCUUUUAAAAAACGGUGGUAUUUGACUUAAGUUUUAUUCAGAGCAGACCUACUGAAAUGAGUUAAGCCCAUUCACUUCAGUGAGCCUACUCUGAAUAACAUUUAGUCGAACGCCACCCAGUGUGAACUUUCGUACGUUUAAAAAAAUUCACAGACCAGCAUGGAAAAAAGACAGAACAGAUUUAUGAAUGGGUAUGUUUAGAACUGAGACAGAGUAGAAACAGGCCAAUCUGCUCAUCCCAACUCACAUCUGUUGUCAAGUGUCACCUGGGAAGGGGAUGACAUGGGCUCCUUUGACCCGUAUGUCUAUUGCUUCCCCAUCUGCAAACCAUCACUCACUGGCAAUUCCCUUAUGAGAUAAUCUCUACCCACAUUUCAUUUAUGAGAUGCACAGAGUCAUUAUGGGGCAUAGAACCUAUUUUUUCCUCGUCGGAGGAUAACAUUUCAACAUAACUUAGGGAGUGUGUUAUUAAUUUAAAUGCGCAAAUCACCUGGGCUCUAGAGUGGAUGCCAAUAUUUUCUUUUAUCCCCCUCCCCACCGUUCUUGAUUUUUUUUUUUUUGGAGGGGAAACAGCCAUGGUUGAAAGCUUUAUGGAGAGUAGGGUGCACAACCUAUGGCGUCCUUUCUCUCUGUUUGAUUUGGGAGCACCACAGAUAUGUGUGUAUCCCUUUUUAGUACACAGAAAUCUAUCCCCAAUGUGCAUGCUGGUCCAUGUGAAAGUACGUGUGUUCAAAUGGAGAUGCACCCCACUGACUGCCUUCAUUUUCAUUUUAAGCUCCACUGGGGAGUUUCAUCAGCAAUCACCUCUCCUGCCAAGUGGGCAUCAUUCUGGGAGGACUUCUUGCAUCUGCUGGACUUAUCCUGAGCUCCUUUGCCACAAGCCUAGAGCAUCUUUACCUUUCCUUAGGAAUUCUUACAGGUAUAUUAUUAUUAUUAUUAUUAUUAUUAUUAUUAUUAUUAUUAUAGCAUCAACACUAUUAAUCUCCAUGCUUCAGGAACCUCCUCUGAGAGUCCAGUUUGUGCAUUUUUCUGGGAAAUAAGCUCUGCUGCUGAAUUCAUUGAGACUUAAUCCCAGAUAGGCAUCUAGAGGACUGCAGCCUUGCAGCAGAGCUCCAUGCAUGUUGCUCAGGAGACUAAUUUGACUAACUUGUGUGUGUUGUGUGUGUUUAGGGCUGCAGCCGCUGCCCAAAAUCCAGAUGGUCGUCCUAGUGCUGUUGCUUCACCAGAGGCACCCACUAAUGGAGGACAAGAGGAGAUGAUGUUGGCUGAUUCUCUCUCCACCUGCAGCCCCUGGUAGUCCCUGAAAAUCUGUCCUGGAGGGUUGAGGGACCCCUCAGAGCAUAUUUGUGGAGCAACACUGAAGGCUGCAGAGAGGAAAGAAGAUGGGGUGUGGGGUGUGUGUGGAAACUCUCCCCUCCUCCUCCAUUAGUAGACAUAUCUGUUAAUGGAUCAGAAUAUCUUACGCUUUUACGUAUGACCAGCUGUCAGUUUCCCAACUAUGUAUUUGAAUUAGGACACCAUAAUUCCAUUUUACAGAUUGGGAACUGAGGUAAGGAGACAGUGACUUGAACAAAGCCAUACAGUGAGAACCAUAACUAUGGUGAGAUGUGGAGAGGGGAAAAGGAGGGAACCUGGUCAACAAAAUCAGGAAUAUGAAGGAAACAAUCAGAACAAAGCCAAGGUUACUUUUGAAAAAAUUAUAAUAAUUCUGACUUGGAUUCUCAGAUUGCAAAUUCAAAUGUUGAAAAUCACAAUGGGAUCUUAAUUUUGAAAUUCAGAAGUGCAGGUUUGUUGUUUUGGUGGAAUGCCAUAAUUGUGUGCCUAUGGCUGUUCAAAUGUUGGUGUUACAAUGUGAGGCUCACCAAUGACACCUUUUGAAGUUCUGGUCAAAUUUCCCACUACUUCUCACUAAGAUUCUCAAGUCUGCAGCUGAAAAUUCUGCCCCUCAAACUCUGGAUUCUGAAAGUUCAUCAGAUUUCAAGUGAUUACAUGAUCCCCCCAGUUAAAGGCCACACAUUGUGACAGUGUGAAGUAAGCACACCAGUUAACCUUCUGUGGUUAAUUCACUAAAUUUAAAUGUGGAACCAGCAUCUUCAGCUGAUUACAUUGCCCAGGAUCAUCCCCAGCGAUUUCAGCCGCGCGUGCGUGUGUGUAAUAACCUGCAAUGUUCUGCUAGUUCGUUUUCUUCAAAGAUGAGGAACGGAAAUGUUUACACAGAAAUUGCUGACUUGUUAAAACUCGCAUUAUAGCCACGGUGAUGGGAGCUUAGUGCACAGACCCCUGCAGUUUAAUAACAAUUUUGUAGAAAUGCUGUACUCAAAUGCUGCCAAUAGCUUGUUUGCUAAGAAAAAAAGGUCCCUGUUAUAGCACAUAUUGUGCGAGUGCUUCAGUAUCAGCCUUCAGCUCAGCUAUUGCCCAAAAAUAACCAGCACUUUGUACUAGCAGAUUUCCUUCAUGCCUUGGCAGCUUCCUGAAUGACAAUUACUAUGAGAACAUCUAUGGAACUCACUGCUGCAAGAUAUGAUGGUGAGCCCUCAGUUCAGUGUGCCUCUUGAACAUAGCAAAAAUCUGAGAGCAAACUAUGGAAGGAGGGCUAUUUUCUUUAUGCUGAUCUCAUUGACCUCUUGCAUGGUUAACAGAGAAAAGAAACAGUGAUGGAAUCUGCAUUGCUAACAAAUCAUGUUUUGCAUGUGUUUGUGAUUUUCUUCUUCCAGGCCUGGGAUUUGCACUUUCUUAUUCACCAGCCAUAGCCAUGGUGGGCAACUAUUUCAACAAGAGGAAAGCCCUGGCUUAUGGGAUGGCCAUGUCGGGCAGCGGCAUUGGCACCUUCAUCCUGGCCCCGGUGGUCCAGCUCCUAAUUGAACAGUUUUCCUGGCGGGGAGCCUUGCUCAUCCUGGGCGGUUUUGUUUUAAACCUCUGUGUCUGCGGUGCCUUGAUGAGACCGGUUGCGGGCAAAGAGGACCGCAAGAGCGUGCCCGACUUCUCGGAGCAGGAGUUUGGGCCAGAAGCACAGAAGCAGGACUUGACACAGUGGUCGGUCUGCUCCCCUCUGAUCAAAGUCUGGUCCCACAAAUACCUGUGCCAGUGCUCGUGGCAGGAGUACCACUUUCUGCUGAUGCCGGACUUUGUGGUGCUCGCGGUGUCCGUCUUGUUCAUGGCUUACGGCUGCAGCCCCCUCUUCGUUUACCUGGUGCCUUAUGCCUUAAGGGUCGGGAUGAGUCAUCAGCAGGCGGCCUUCCUCAUGUCCAUCCUUGGGGUCGUCGACAUCAUCGGCAACAUCACUUUUGGAUGGCUGACAGAUAGACGGUAAUGGCCAAGAGCGAUGACAUAGAAAGCUGGGUGAUGUGGGAUAACGACCCUCAUUGCAUGCCCCACGGAUUAUUUUCCACGUUAAGAAGAGUGCAUCUUUCCUUCCUCCCCCCUUCAGCAUUAACAAUUUUAUUGUGGUAUCCAUUUUAUUCAGUACAUCUCGGACUGCGUGUCCCUGCUAAAUAUUACAGGCUAGUUGGGACAAGGGUGGCGUUGUGGUCUAAACCACUGAGCCUCUUGGGCUUGCUGAUCGGAAGGUCGGCGGUUCAAAUCCCCACAAUGAGGUGAGCUCUCGUUGCUCUGUCCCAGCUCCUGCCAACCUAGCAGUUUGAAAGCAUGCCAGUGCAAGUAGAUAAAUAAGUACUGGUGCAGCAGGAAGGUUUCAGUGUCCUCUGGCACUCAUCACGGUCCUCUGUGUGCCAGUAGUGGUUUAGUCCUGCUGGCCACAUGACCUGGAAAACUGUCUGUGGACAAAUGCCGGCUCCCAUGGCCUGAAAGUGAGAUGAGUGCCACAACCCCAUAGUCGCCUUUGACUGGACUUAACUGUCCAGGGAUCCUUUACCCUUUUAUUACAGGCUAGAGUCCACAACCAAAGGAGACAAAAAUCCAACAAAUGCAACAGAGCAUGUCCAGGCAGAAAACAUGAGGAUCAGCCCAUGGAGUUGCCGAUAGAUAGAUAGAUAGAUAGAUAGAUAGACCCCAGCUACAGUGAAGAUCACAGAUAUCAGAUGAAAUAAAUAUUACUUCAUUGCAACUGACUCUCUUGCCUACUGCCUUGCAGGUGUUUGAAGAAGUAUCGUUAUGUUUGCUACUUCUUUGCGGUGGGAAUGGAUGGCCUGUGCUGCCUUUUCCUUCCAGUUCUCCAGAGCUUUCCGCUCCUUGUGCCUUUCUCCUUCACCUUUGGGUAUUUCGAUGGAGCCUACAUCACGCUUCUCCCAGUGGUGACUGCGGACGUGGUGGGCACGGCUUCCUUGUCAUCCGCCCUUGGGGUGGUGUACUUCCUUCACGCAAUACCCUACCUAAUCAGCCCACCUGUUGCAGGUCAGUUUUGUAUGUGAAUCAGCUUCCCUGGUUAUGUAUGAAUCUCAAGUACAUGGCUUUACCGGCGCCUUCCUUUUCUUUCCAAUCGCUGUUUGGAUUCCUCUUGCACUAAACUGAACACCAGAGGGCAAUACAUUCCUUCUGUAUGCAAGGCAAAUGCAAGAAAGAGGACCCUAGAGAGGUCCAGUUAAGAGGAAACGAAAAAAAACAGCAGACACCAUACUGCAUUGUUGCUAUAAAGCCAGUAAUAUGUGACAGAUCUGAACAGAUUUCUUCAUUGUCUUCUGGGUAUUUUUCUUCAUUCUCUCACUGUGAACUUUCAGUGCAAAAUCACACCUUGUUUUCCUUAACCGCUCUAAUGCAAAGGCCGCCUGUGGAUACUCUUGAGCUGCUAUUUAGAAGUAGCGUUUGCCACUGCCACCAAAUGUCUGCGUCAAGGCAACUCAAAUUAUCUGCUGAAGAAAUUGGAACCAUUUGCCUUAUGUGAGCUAUGCAGACCAAACAGUCUGGCAGGUCUGGGUUUAAACUCUUACUCAGCUGUGAAGCUCAUUGGGGGACUGGGACUCAGUUGCUCUCAGCCUGACCCCUCCUCAUGGGAUUAUUGUGAGGACAAAGCAGGGUAACCCACAUCCAUGCAGAUGACUAUGGGAUACAGAGGUUGUUGAUGAUAAUAGCUUCUGCUGCUUCUAGUUUGGAUUGCACCUGCUUCUAGUUGCAUUGCACCUGGCAAUGCAAAGAGUGGAAGCCCUGCCUGUCAUAAUGCUCAGCAUGUCCUCUGGCUUUCGAGAUUUCACCAGGUAUCAUCAACACAUUUUCAAGGGUGACCUUUGCAGCCAUAAGGGUAGUCAGCGGUUCUCAACCUGUGUGUCCCCAGAUGUUGUUGGACUACAACUCCCAUCAUCCCUGAGCUCUGGCCUUGCUAGCUAGGGGUGAUGGGAGUUGUACUUCAACAACAUCUGGGGACCCACAGGUUGAGAAAGGCUGGGUUAGGUUCUCCCUAAUGCAUUCUUAAUAUUGUACACUACCCUGGAAUCUUUUGAUAAAGGGUUGUAUAUAAAUUGAAGUAAUAAUAAUAAUAAUAAUAAUAAUAGCAGCAAUGUUGUAUCUUUCCCUACAGGUUGGCUUGUGGACACAACUGGCAACUACAUGGCCUCGUUUCUGCUGUGUGGGUUUUCCAUGAUAUUCAGCUCGAUGCUACUGUGUUGCGCAAGACUAGCCAAGAAGGCGAAACGGACUCCCUUGAGGCCUGGGGCCAAGCAACCAAGCUGGACAAAUGGAGCCAUUGUCUAUUCUGUAACUAGAGAAUUAGAUCCCAGAGGUGUGGAGCUGCUGGCCAGUGAGGCAAACAGUUAUAGCAAAAGAUGACAACGUGCUUGAAAGGGCCCUCCCCCUCUCCUUAGUGUACCCAAUAACCUUUUGCUAAGAUAGAUUUUUGUUAAGUCUUGCUACACUAUUUGAAGAUGUUCCUCCCCACUGGAAGAAAGGAGAGAAGGAAUGCGCCUUUGCAUGGGACUUUUGUUUUCUGUCCUUUCAGCAGGUAAAAAGCCUGUGCCCUAAUGAGGGUAGCAGAGAAGGAGGAAGUUCUUCUCUGAGGAUGUAGUUAAGAUAGUUUCUAACGCAGUGCCGGGGAGGUUGAGGGUGGCCCUGUAUGCACAAAGAAGGCAAACUAGACAUUCAAAUAGAUGAUAAAACUGUGUGUAAAACAGUGUUGACACAGUAAAAAGCCUUUUAAUUUUGCACGUGGCUGCUCUUGCCUGGAAUAAGCAGGGAUGAAAAAAGGUUAAAUGUGUUCUUUGGCUAACUCUGAAAAUCAACAGAUGCCUACUGACUUCUGCAAAGGAACUCAGCUGCAGAACUGCUGCUUUAUACUGUGGUUAACUUCAUUUCAAAAGGUCACAAGAUAUGCUUUAUGAUGUGCCUGGAUUUGAUAAACAACUGGGAUGUGGCUUUUGGAAGGCUGGCGAUUCUCACAGGUUUCUUCUUUAAAACACCUGAAAACAAUUUGUAGUAAUCAGAGGGAACAAAUGGAAGGAACGAAUUUCCAUUUGAAAAAACUCAUAGCAAAGCUGGCUCUAGUAUCACAAGGAGUUGUUGCGACAUUGCUGGUAUGGAGGCAGCUUUCUACUGAGCAAUACUGAGCUUUUGCAGUAUUGAUGUGCAAAGUAAACACACUCGAAUAUCUUGAGUACAUGCAUCCAGCCAUGUGGGUUCUUGCUUGUGAUGUAGCCACUUAAGUGCAGUUGUCUAUGGUAAGCUUCGCCCUCUUGUUUGGGAAUCAUAAUACAAUGAACAUCUAGAAAGGGGCUUUCGUUAAAUUUAACUAAGGUUUGUUCCUAUAUUUUAAAGCCUUUUUGAUUUCCAAAAAGGCAGUUAAUUUUAGCUUUGAAAUUCUUUGUGUGCUUGUUCUGCUCAGUUGCACACAUAUUAAAACCCAGAGAACGUUCAUUGUUGAUGAGUGCAUGCUAGAGAUGGGGGAGAAAUGAGUUCAGUUUGCAUUUGAAGUUGAUGCAGAUGAAUUCUUCAUUCCUUCAGUGAAUGCAUCCGGUGUUAAUAAUGCAGGUGGCACUGUGGUCUAAACCACUGAGCCUCUUGGGCUUGCUGAUCAAAAGGUCAGGGGUUCGAAUCCCCGUGAUGGAGUGAGCUCCUGUUGCUCUGUCCCAGCUCACACCAACCUAGCAGUUCGAAAGCACACCAGUGCAAGUAGAUAAAUAGGUACCAUUGUAGCGGGAAAUUAAACUGUUUCCAUGAGCUCUGGCUUCCAUCACAGUGUUCCAUUGCACCAGAAGCAGUUUAGUCAUGCUGGCCACAUGACGCAGAAAGCUGUCUAUGGACAAACGCCGGCUCCCUCAGCCUGAAAGCGAGAUGAGCACUGCAUCCCAUAGUUGCCUUUGACUGGACUUAACUGUCCAGGGGUCCUUUACCUUUACCUUUUUUUAAUAAUGAACAUUCUCUGGGUUUAGAUGAUCUUGAUAGUGAACAGACGCAGUUUACACUUCCUGAACAAUACGUGAGCCGAAACACAGUGCUCCUUAAAAAUUUGCAUCUUUUGCCUUGUAUUUCUCCAACCGAGAAUGUGUACAGUACAUGUGAUUGAAAAGUGCACGUGGAAUGCAUAUAUUAGCGAAAUCCAGCCCCUGCCCAACGAAGAUGCUUUCUGUCAGAAGAAAACUGCUUGACAAAAUGCAUAUACUAAGCAGAAUUAUGCAGCACAAAUGGAAGGUAUUUCUCUGCGUUUCAGCCACAUCUCCUGCUUAAUAGCACAACAAUUAUAAACCAUUGCAGUGACUCUGUUUCUAGGUGUAGCUAGCCACAUUUGCUUGUUCAUGAUGCAGUUAUGUGGGUGCAACCUGUUUGUGUGAGGCAGCUCUCUCUCUGCAGUUGUGGUCACUUCAAGUAACCUGUUUUAUGACAUGGCUGGAAUCUGCACAUCUGUCCUGAAGUGGUUUUAUAUAUAUAACUUCCCACGUAGGUGGCAAAUGGUUUUGCAUUGUUCACGGUUGGUGUGUUUUGGGCCUUGCCUGUUCUAUUGGCCAAAAAUAAGAAUUCUAGUACAUGAUUACCUACAUGCAGGAGAGACAUUCCAAUAAUGGUUGAUCUUACAAAUGGCUACUAGACCUCUUCAAGGUUCCUUUUAAAGCAAACCAUGAGGAAACUUUUUUGGUCACUCAAGGGUAAUCCAUGAGGUGACACAUGCUGGUGGUGUGCAGAGCCAGAGAAUUAAGUGGGUGGGACUGUCUCUUCUUCCUCCUCCUCCUCCUCCUCUUCUUCCAACCUUCUUUCUUUUCCCUCCCUCCUUACCCAGCAGGCUUUGGGGACUGGUGAUGGGGACCAGAUCAAUCUAAACUGACUGCUUGCAGAGGGGAUUCACCUGUUAAACAUGUAAAGCCAACAUGUUCUCAAAAGAAACUUUGGGAGCCAUCACCCCAAUUAUAUAAGGAACUCACUAU